UUAAGUUGCAGUCUCUGGAUGAAUGUUAUCACUCUCAGAGACUGUCAGUGAGCGGACCCGCUGCGCUGGGGAGGAGGACUCGGGGAAACACCGGAACUUUAUUUUAGGUGGAUUUACGCACCGGAGACGCAUGGCACAACCGGGCUGGCACAACUGGAUGAUGCUUUUACCCACUUUGUGUGACUUUUGAGAAAGAGAGAGGGGGAAGGAGACAGAGAGCGAGGAAGACGGAUACUUAUGUGUUGGUGUGAGGUUGCCACAGCCGGUCGUGUCUCCUCUGCGCUCCUCGUGCCCGUACCUUUAUCUCUGGGGCUUCUCCGGGACGCGACAUGGGAUGUAGAAGCGCGCUGGGAUGCUGCCUGCUUGCGGCGUUGUCCUGCUGCUUCCUUCCUGGCUGCGCAGGUAACAUCACCGUGGCGGUGAUGCUCCCGAACAACCACCUCAAGUAUCCGUGGGCUCUGCCGCGCGUCUUCCCGGCCAUCCUCAUGGCGCACGAGGACCUUCACGGUAAACACGGGCUGCUGCUCGGCCGCUCCAUCAACAUCCUGAACUACAGCACGGAGGAUCCAGCUGCGGGUUCAUGCGCAGAGAGUCGAGCGCAGGUGGUUGCCGUGGACGCGAAACUUUACAUCCGCCCGGACGCUUUCUUCGGACCCGGGUGCGUGUACCCGCUCGCCUCCGUGGGACGUUUCGCCUCGCACUGGAAACUCCCCUUGAUCACCGCCGGAGGACCAGCGUACGGCUUCGAUAAGCGCGAGGAGUACCGGACCAUAGUGCGCAGCGGGCCGUCCACCACCAAGCUCGGGGACUUUGUCAACGUGCUCCACACGCACUUCAACUGGACGUCCCGCGCCGUGGUGAUCUUUCACGACCUGCGGCAGGACGACCGGCCGCACUACUUUCUGUCCGAGGGGAUCUACCUGAACCUGAAGGAGGAGAUGAACGUCACGGUGGAGGCCCAGCCGUACGAGGAUGAGUUCAAGUACUACAAGGACCUGAUCGCCUUCAUGAAGGAGCGCGGGAGAAGUAAGUGCACGCUGAGUGGGGUAGGAGUGAUUUUAGAGAGGAAUUUAAGUGUCAUGUUUUGAUGUUAGGACAACUCCAGAGAUGUGCAAAUAUAGGCCUGAUGUUGUGUGUGAAGUUAAACCAAACUAGAUAUGACUCUCAAAAAACAACCACCACUUUUGGACAAAAUUUAUAUAAAAAUAGAAAUAGGCAUUUAAUUUUCUUGCUUGAGAUAUUACACCUGUCUUUGAAGUAGUCAAGGGUAUAAAACAACUCGUUUAGCCUACUCGCGUUAUUGCAGACGAGUAGCUUUGCUAAGCAUCAAAACUCCUUAAUAGAUCUUUAACUGAAGUGUUUUAGUUUCAAAGGAUUCACUCUGCUGCACAUUAAAAUCAGGUACUGGAUGAAAACAAUCCUCUGAAAUGAUUCAACAACUGUUCUCUGAAUUAUAGCUAAACUUUGAAAAUGAAUGUCAGCAAAAAUAUUUAAUUUGAUCCUCUAUGACCUUACAGGUUUAAGAUAUAACUUUGUUUUAUUCACAUGCAUUUUAUAUAAUCAAUUAAGCCCUUAAUUUUGAUUUGUAGUAACAAUCCUCCCUGUACAGCAGUGACUAAAGUGUGCAGGGAUCAUCUACAAGGUGCAAAACCUAAAAGUUCAUGCAUAAUAUACAUCAAGUUCACCCUGUGAAAGUGCUUUAUCAAAGUGACUUCACUCAGUAAUAGUGUUGGUUAUUUAAAAACUAUAUGGGAAAAUGUACUUUGACAUCAUUUGAAGGAAUAUAAUAUCACACCACCAUCUUGGGUUCAGGGAGUUCUUCGCUGAGCUCAGUUCUUCAAGUACAUUUUAGACUGCUGGUUCUGCUUUUUGGUCAGUAAAAUGAAAUUGAAUUGGCUUGAAGUAGAAUAUCUUACCCCUGGAGGUAGCUGACAUUAUCAGGAAACAGACCAGAGCACCAGCUGGUUACUGUAAAGAUAAUGUUGGCAGAUGGAGGAGGAAAUUCCCUCCAACUAGAGAUAUUUGAGUAACUUGUCCCAAAUUGGUCACACACUGCCAGAUGAACUUUAUUUAAAAAAAGAUGACUUUUCAGUUUUGAAUUCGAGCAAAAUCAGAUAACGUGAACUCAGAUAUGAAGAAAUGAUCAGUCUUCAUGCUGAUAAUCAAUAACUCUGAUCUUUUAAAAAUAAGAAUGAGUGCUCUGUAGGCCUCCAAAUUCACCAGAACCCAUCCAAUAGAGCACCUUUGGGAUGUGGAGGGACAGGAGAUUUGCAUCAUGGAUGUACAGCUGACAAAUCUGCAGCUACUGCCUGAUCCUUAUGUGUCAAAAUGGACCAAAUGUUGCUGAAUGCAUCCAGCACCUACUUAAAUCUAUAAUAGUAAGAAUCAAAAUGGGGCUCCAACCCAUGACUAGGCACAAAAAUAAAAUACCCGAGUUGACCUGAACCUGUGUCAGAAUCCAAAAGUAUGUUUCUGCUCAAUUCGGGGCACUUAUUUGAGUGUUUAGAGUGAAACCCUGCUGUGGGUGAUUCCCCUCUAACACAAUGAGGUCACAGUGAAGGUUGUUUUUUCCAGUAGAUCCAAACAGAGGUGGACUGGAAAAGGUGCAGGGAGAAGCCUGUUUAUUCCGGAGUUUUAACGCAGGAAUGUUUAGGCUGUGGGCAGCCUGCUGCUGCUGCUGCUUUACUGCCUGAGGAAGACCACCACCUGGACUUUUAAAGAAAGAGAGAAAAAAGAGAGGAAAGAGAUAGGACAAGAUCAAAUGGGUGUCCUCUCAGUCCAAACAUACCCUGCAGGUGAAACCAAACUUUGCUGAAACUGACCCAAGUUUAUUUAUUUAUUCAUUUAUUUCAAAAUAUGGCAGAGUUUCCUAAGUGACCACUUAAUAGAUUAAAAAACAUAAAGAAAACCCAGAAUAGAACUGAUCCAGCUUUUUGAGAAUUAAAUAGAGUUAUUUGUUUUGAAUGUAAAUUAAAGUGGCUGUCUUCUGUUGAAACAAAUGACACAGUAUAGUGGCUGUUAAAUCUCUCGUCACUGUUCGGUCUUUAAGUUUAAUUAACUGGAAACAUUGUGAGGCUGACUUAAUCAUUACUGCUGUUGUGAAGAGUUAAUUGUCUGACUGAGAGUGCACGUGCACAGCUGCACAUGUGUUACUGCAUGAGAGGAGACAGACCGCUCAGUAUGCAGAGGCUGACGAAGAAGACUUGGAUUUUUUGCUGCUCAGUUACAAGAAUUAUAAGUUUGGGCUUUUCAGGCUGUUAAAAUAUCCAUUUGAUUUUCCAUUUUUAUUUGAGAAUAAAGCAAUGAAGACAGAAACUUGUUAAAUGUUUUCACUCAGAAAACACCAUCAAUUUCCCCCACUGAGAUAUCAAUAAAUCAAAACUCCUUUAUUUGUCCUACUGGGGGAGAUUUGUUUAGAACAGCUUGAAAACAUAAAAAGUAGUAUUUAGAAACAGUACAAAAAAACAAAUAAGGGUAAACAAUAAAGAAUAGAAUGAAUAAAAGUGUCAGGACAGUGUAAAUCAGACAUUAGUCUGACUGCAGAGGAUAAAAAGAAAGCCUUUGGAGAAGUGGUUACUUUUUGCAAGCAGGUAAUACAGAAUGGCGCCCCGAAGACCACAAGGAAAUUCACUUACAAAAACAUGUCCCGAGGCCAAAAUAGUAGCUGUUUUCUGGUAAAGAGUCCAACUAACUGACUCAUUUGGACGAGACGAGGAGAUUGAUAUCAGUCUGCCUCAAGGGGCUUCAGUCAGGAGGUUAUUAGCUUAGCAUAUCCUAAAGGCGAAUAGCAGAGGUGAUGCAAAACAGGGGCGUAAUCAGGCUGUCUGCUGGGCAGGGCUGAAAAAAGGCACCGCCAAUAAUUUUUGGUGUGUUAGUUCAGUGUUGCGUUCGAAGUAUUCCCUGAUAAACAACAACAGUGUAGAGUGGCGUUACACUAGGGUGACCAUAUGUCCUCUUUUACCCGGACAUGUCCUCUUUUUUGGGGGCUGUCCGGCCUUGUCCGUCUUCGUCCGGGAAAGUUUGUAAAAUCCAUCAAAUGCUCGGAGUUUUGUAAGGAAUGUUCAAGUUUGUGUCGCAUGGACUUACAGAGUUAGAAGUGCAUAAAAGACACUCGAUUCUACCAGAAAAACUCUCAAAAUUGACUACAUGCGACACAGUGACUCCGCCCCCACGAUUCAGAAUAUGGUCACCCUACGUUCCACCAUAUCAAACAUCAUAUGUAAAACCAUUAUUAAACUUAAUAAACCAUGUAAAAAGUCUCAUUAGUGAGUCCAUAGACGCCCAACAAUGGCAGACGCCAUAUUGAAAAGGCUUUACUUUUAAUUGACUCCAAUUGACUUAUAGCUUCCUGACAAGCAGCUGCAACAUUUUUGCCUAUUAGUCUCAGCUACACCCUCAACUAAACCCUUAAAGUCUUAUAAAGUAUUGUACUUUUUUCUACACAUUGUAGCAGACUUUUAAUUGAACACGAGCCUGUAAGUGUUUCAGAUUUAUGACACUGUCAUUUGUGAAUGGAAAUCAGACCUAUCUCUCAGAAAAGAUGAUGAUCACAUUGGCCCUGUGAGUACCAAUGAUGAUGUGAAGCUGAUUGUCUCAGAAUGCCAAUAAUCAGCCCACUUUAUUGACCCCACGAUCGAUUGGUCUGUCUCUACUACCUUUAUCUUUGCUGAAUUUGUCCUGAACAUGUUUGAGAAGUGUUUUAUUCAAACACUACUUUGUUGUUAAGAGGCGUCAGUGUUAAUGUCAGUCUAUUUCAUAACCUGUUGAAAGGCUUCACUUGAGCUAUGGGUAAUAUUAUACACCAUGAUCAAUAUUCUAAUAGGCACUGUUUUAACUUCCAUGUGACUGUAAAGAUGCAGAAAAUGUAAAGCUUUAAUGUAUAAAUUUAAAAAACUGCCUCAGAAGAGAACAAACUACCUGAUCACAAAACUCCUAUGAUGUGCAGUUUGAUCAAUGAUUUUAGAGCAAACUCUAAUUCACAAAUACUCCUAAAGUGUUUUACAGAUCUGUUAACGAUCAUUCAUGAUGGUUGUGGACAGACAAACAGAAGGUUCAGAUCAGGAAACACUUGGAGAAGUUGUUUUGGAGGCUCUUCAAUGUGAUGCAGUUUGUUGUUUAGUUUCGUGAGCACGCUGACUCCUCUGCAGGUUUAGAUACUUCCCUAAAACACUUCUGAAAAUGUUUAUGGUACCCCGUCAUUGAGUUGCUUCAUCCUAAUCUGUUAUUUUCCGUAAUGAACAUCAUCCAACAGUUUUAUUUGUCUCAUUUUAAAUACAAAAUGUGAUUAAAUCUGCAAAGUAAACGCUGUUGGGUUAAGGAUAGGAAAGAAGCGCUCAUGAAAUGUUUGAGUUAGAGUAAACAGACUUAAUAUUUUGGCCUCUUCUCUGUCAUGUGACUACAUAAUCUAAAAUCCUCAAGAUUGAAUGCCUGUAUUCUGACAUAAAAUAUUCAAAUAUGCAUGUAGCUGAUCUUGAUAUUAUACGACUUUGCAUGACUGAGCUGCAGAAAUCUUCCUUUCCUCCUGGGAACAUUUGGAAAGAAUAACUUUUGGAGCCAGCUCAACAUCUCUGAGCAAGUUUCCAACCAGUAAAUGUUGGAAUAUUAUGGUUUCUGGCAGUGUGAAAUAAAUAGAGUUUUAAACUUCUUAAUCUGUUGUUAGAGUAACAGCAUCAACAAACAAUGCAGUAAACACUGAGGGAAGGUGAUUAAAGAGCCCAGCAGCAGCAGCAGCAGUGGAAAGAGGUGAAAGGUGCAAAACGCCAACAUUCCCACCUUCCCAGGUGAAUUAUGGAAGUGCGGCAGCGAGCUAGAGGUCAGGGAAGCUAAUGGUUUUGUCGGGGCUUGUCCUGACUUGGCAUACUUUCAUCCCGGAAGAGAAGCUCCAGGCCGUCGGCUCUGUGGUGUCACCCCACCGCUGAGUGGGUUCAAACGCCAAGAGGCUGAUUGAGGUGUGAGAGGAAAACUGGGGCUUUUAUUGUGAAGCCACAGAUCAUUUGGAGCGCUGACAGCUGACCGAGUAAUUGCGUCUUUUUGUUGAGUGAAACACCCCUCCCACCGCCACCUCAAAUUCCCCAAAUUCCUGGUUUUAAUACCUGGAAAAUGCAGACACAACCAAGGACAGUUUAACAAGUUUUCGGGAAAUGAUACUUAGUUAUUUUCCAUUAUUUCAGACUCUCUAGUGGUCUUCUGCUGAAAUAUUUGAACUCUAUUUGACAGAUGUAUUAAGUGGAUUCUGAUUUUACACUCAAUAAGCUCAACAGGUGAGGACAAACAGCUGUUGCAGAUAUAUGAAAAGCCAGUUAAUCAGCCUGCUAUUCUUCAUAACUCAGAAUACCUAAACUUGUCAUAAUAUACAGCUGACUAACUGAGUAUGCAGUUAUUUAAAAUCACUUACAAAGACAUAUUUGCACAAGAUGCUACACAUCCCUGAUUUUGGUGCAGACAGCUGACCGCUCUUCUGAUCUUCACAUCUAAAAUAACAUGUAGGUUAACCAAAGACUACAAAUCUGACCUAUUUCUCAUCAAUUUAUAUCUCCUCUCAUAAUACUAUAACUUUAUUGUAGUAAAUUUACUACCUCACUUACAGCUUCAUUCCUGCAAUAUUAUGACUUUGCUACGACUUUAUCCUCUUCAUAUUUUGACUUUGUUUUCGUUAAAGAUUUUAUUCUUGUUACAUUAUGACUAAAUUUUCUUUGACUUUUGUCUAUAGACUGUAUAUAAAAUGGACGCCGUCUGCCUCACCCUCUGGUGACAGGCUGCAGUAUAGGUCAUAAAUCCCGCCUCCUCCAGCAAAUCUUAUGAAGCUGUGGACAAACUUUAGAAAUUAACUACACAGAAUUUAAAUUUUUCUCCCUCUUGCUUGUGGUGUUGACAUGUAGUUACUGUAAGACUGGUUUGUGCUUAAGUCAUCUUUUUUUUCUGUACAGCUCCGUUUUUAAAAGUUAUUAGGGGGUUCAUGUUUUCUAUGAUUGACACCUGAUACAGCCUUUGGGCGUACAAAGAUUGCGUAGCUCACCCAAGGCUAUUUGAGCACAGCGACUCCUGGCGACUCUCCCGCCGAAUACCUACCAUGCUACUGCCCAAGUGAUGGAGUGCGUACAACGCUACUGCGCAAUGUUGUUUUCAGGAAAUGGAGAAAAAUCGCGGAAAUACAGAGAGCUUUUUGGCUUCAAAUCCGUAAACAGGCGGAAGGUGGAACCAAGUUGUCCAUAGUAUAUACAGUAUAUCCUUUUUUUUCAUAAUCUAACAACUUUGUAUUGGAAACCAUUUUUUUCCUUUUCUUUAAUGUCGCCAUAAUACCCCCACCGUAAUCACGUCUCACAGUGUCAUCAUCAAAACUAUCUUUUAUUUUUAAAUCAUUAUAGUAAAACUGUGAAACGUAACCUCAGAAGUCAAUUUGUCACAUAUUUCAGACCCCAAGCUACUGUGUCGUCCUCGAGCUCAGCCUCAGCCUGAGACUAAAGCAGUUCUAUAAAUACAUUUCAGCUUUCAACACUUUGCCAUUGUGACACUGUCGCCCAAACGCUUUUCAUUCCCUUAAUGUGACACAAAAGAGAAAAAUUCAUUUGUGUGAGAGAAAGACUGGAUCAGGCUUUGUUGUGUCUCUUUUCCCUGAGUGUGACAGCAGCUUGAAGCUUGCAGUAAGUGAUAAAGACUCUCUUCACAGUGCAGCUCAGGUAUUAGCAGCUCAUAAUUGCAGAAAUCCUUUUUUUUUACUCCCUGAAUGCCUCAGAAGAAGAGGGUUGGAUGAACUAGAUGUAGCUUUCUCGCUUCGUUUUCAGAACCAAGAAGUGCUGCAGAGGAAAAGCUGUAAUUUAUGUGUUAUACAACAAAGUCGUAAAAGCUCGUCAGACAGAUUAGAACAUGAAAAAACAAAGAGCUAGAGGAUAGUCUGAGAGAAAAGGCAGCUACAAGAAAAACACGACACAGGUUCACCUCAGAAAAUCCAUUCAAUAAGGCAACAGAACAGGAUGAAAGCUGUUAAUAGCUUGCUUUGUGUUUGUGCAUUUAGAUGUGAUAUCGCAUGGUGGCAGCACUGUUUGAUGAUGCAGUUUGGGAUCAAGAUUAAACACAGUAUCAUAAAAUAUCAAUAAGCGAUACUAAAAAUGCACAGAUGUUUGACUUUUUUCCUUCUUAUUUAGGCCUGUCAUUCUGCAGAAACACCUCAAUCUUUCCCUGUUUUUUCACGUCUUAUUAUCCAACAACCUGCUGAGAAUCACUGACCUUUUGAUCAGUGCUAGUUUCUGUUUUAUAUACACAGACCACUGAAUUUCUUCAAUUCUAAACUAUUAUAAGCAAAAGGGCACUCAGAUUUGCUUUUAAAAAAGAAAAUAAUGGACCAGAUGCAGGAUAAGAAAACCAUAACCUGAGAUAGAGCAGUUUUUCCUGCAGCAACGUCAUCAUACUCCAGUUUAAUCAAACUGUCAAGAGAUGUGUUUGGACUGCCAGUUCAACAAGACACAUUUUGGAGGGUUUAGACAGCUGGCUGCAGGUUAAUAAAGUUUGUUUGACUGAGAGGUGUCUGUACAAGUUAGCAUGAAGUUAGAUAAACAUUAUUAUUAGGUCUGCAAGAGUACACUUAUUGCAGGACUACCAAGUUAUCAGUAUAUAUCACUGCUGGGGCUGCAAGUGAUGUGAAAUAAGAAUCUUUAAAAGUCAUGCACAAUUUGAUGAAAUACGCAAAAUUUGAUCACAACGUGCAACCUUUACCCUGAGAAGUGGAAAGGCAGCCAUAAUUAGGUAAAAGGAGAACGAAUCAGCCCUAGCUAACAGUUUCCAAAGCCUCCCUCACCCAACAAGUUAGGAUAGUUACACACGUCCACAUCCAUAUGGUGCGACCAAAAAAGGUACAACUUGAGUUACAACUUUACUCGUUUCAGCGUAGGGUUGAGAGUGGACUUUACGCUCUAACUUAAGACACAACAGCAGGUGCAACAGGCCUCUGAACAUUUCCUGUAAAUUUCUGGAGCUCUGCCCCUAAAGGUUUGCUUCUUUACACAUGUCCCUCUCAGUCAUAUGAGAGGGUGGUGAAGAGGCAGCAGAUAAGUCUUUGUAUAAGACGCGACGUAAAAAUCAUACCGCAAAAGCCUGAGUUUAAGACCUAGACCGCAGAGACUUGUACUGCAUUUACAGAAGUGCUAUACGGAAACAGGCUGGUGUAGAUGUCUCUGCUGUAUUUGUCUUGAAAACUGUUCUCCUUUUUCGUACUCAGACAUUUCUAUUCCCCCUGCUUUGUGUUGCUCCUCGGGGUUUGCACCAGUUGUACCAUAUAAACCUCUCCACCUCUGCCCCUUUGCUCAUGGUCAGGUUGAUCAUUUCUCCUUGCGUCUCCAUGUGCAGCCCACCCAGAAAACUUCUGGAAGUUUUCAGGAACAUGUGUGAAUCAACUGCAUAUGUAUGAAGGAAGCAUAUGUCUACCUGCUUUUCAUCUUGUUCAGCACAAAACCUGUUUGCAGCAUGUCCCUGUUCAAACUCUUUAAGUCCAAACUACUGAUGUCACAGGAGCACGCUCCAACUUUGUCCAACGCUAAUGAUUUUAUUCUAAACUUUGGAAAUUUGUCUGUGACUUCAAAAUUUUAUGAAAAGUUGUAUGGCAUAAGGCCGGCACAACCUGAGAGUGGUUAAUAAUUAGCUGGCGCUUCAUCUGUCUGUAUUAUAAUAGUAACAUCAUCUUCAUGAUACUAAGAGUCCCAUCUGAGAUUCAUCUUUUUUUGUUUAAAUUUGACAAGUAACUAAAGAUGUUGUCCUUGAUAUAUAUUCCUUUUUAAAACCCGAGAAAAAACAACUCCCGUAGAGUAAACAAACUGUUUCUUACACUAACUUUGAAUUUGCAAAAGUGAAAUGUAAGAUUUCCAUUCUGAGUGACGGAGCAAGCGUUGUUUAUCACACAGAGGAGUCACUGCAUUCAUUAUGUUGAUUCAUUUAAAAAGCAGAAAAAAAAAACAGCUUUGAAUGCAGCUGCUUCACUAGCACAUGUAGUUUAAACCUUGAGUAAAGAAAGACAAGAUCUGCCUCUAACUCUGGCAGAUUUUGGCACUCGGCAUCAACCUUGGUGACAAAAUCAUUUUCCAUGAAUGCUUCAGGAUGAAAGGCACUCUGUUUUUUUUAUAAUUUGAACAAAUUUAAAGCAAAGCAACAGCUAAGGGCAUGGAUGUUCGCAGUAGUUUUCUGCAGCUUAGGCAGGCCUCACUUUGUCCCUUGAAAUUCUUACAAAAAGGAUUUGUAAUCUCAACCCUAAAUGAAACUAGAGUUAUUCUUAAGAAAUACAGAAAAACAAAAACAUUUAAAGCUCCUGUGAGGAACUUUUAAUUUGUGUCUAUUUUGGCGCCCCCUGUGGAUAAAACAGUCUUUGACUUUUUACACUCAAAUGUGUCAUUUAUUGUGAAAUUGUCAAAGCAGUUGUUUCUCCAGCGGCUUAUUGGAUACCUAUCACCUUGCACCAGUUUAAGGCCUUAAAAGAUUAAAAAACGAAAAAAAAUAAAAAUCAUCAAAUUCGUCACUGAUAGUCUUGUUUGCGCUUAAUGAGAAAGCAUCAAUAUGAAUCAAAGACUAUUGUAUGAACAUUGCAAAACUCCUUAUCAGGGUUUUCUUGUUGAUUCUGAAAACAAAAAAGGAUUGAAUCGUAGCAUUUUUGCGAGAAUGACAUUUUGAUCAAUAAAAAUGUCUAUUUUUUCUAUUAAGUCUUGGGCCACAGAAAAUAACAACCGAUUUGAUAAUUAUAUGGUCUGUCAUUCAUCUCUCUGCAGUUGUUUUUCUCAUGAAGUGACAUUAUUCAGUGUUUUAUCACAUUUUCUCCGUUGGGGAAAAAAAAAAACAAAACUCCCUCACUUACGACUUGAGUGUCAUUAUCUUGAAACACAGCAGACUGCAGCGCUAUCAAGGAAAAGCACUCAACCAUCCGUCAUCAAUCCCUGGGUUAUUAUUAUGAGUCAUUUUGAUGAUUAUAUAUGUUUUUCAGACUUAAUUGGCACAGAAAAUCAACAAAUGAAAAGUAUAUGUCAAUUUUAAAAGUGCAGGUCACAUGUUGGGUUACAGUGUUGAGAAAUAUCUGGAGAAAAUGACAUAUCUGUUUGACAAAAAGAGACAACUGCUCAAUUUCCUGCUUAACUUUGGAAAUCCGUCAACUAGUUGUGAUUCUUCAUUUUGCAAAAUCAGGCCAAAAAUAAGAAAAAAUGAAGACAUCAACUCUCAACUAGAACUAAAGCUUAUUAUCUGUGAUUUAUCGGCAAAUUUAUGCUGGAAAAUGUUAAAUUUAGGGCUCAGUAAGAGGCUAUAUUACACCAGGAGGAGGUUCCCUGCAGCAUCCAGAUCAGUGCAAUAACACAGUUGAUUACCAUGCUGGAGUCUGUGAAGCAGAACAGCUUGUACAAAACAAUUUAAUGUGUUUUUGUGUAAAGCAAAGCCUCAGCUCAGCAGGUUGGUGUACUGUACGCCUGUUAGAAAACAAGAGGACAUUUUCCCCCCCGGCUGUGGAGCGCAUUUAUUUUGGGAGUGGUCCAGGAGACUGUAGGACUACUUGGCAGGGUGAGCCGUGUUGGAAUAGAUGAAAGUCGGGGUCUAAAGCAGCAGCAGCAGCAGCAGCAGACUUUGGUCUAACACAUGAGGAAAUGUCUGCUAACUGGGAGGACUGCAUGCAGCUGGCAGGAGCUACUCUGACAUACACUGCAAAUGGAAAUUAUGCUACUUUUUUUUUAUUUUAUUCAUGGCACAGGCAGGAGGGUGUGGGUGGUAGAGUGAAGGUCGUGGGUAGAUACAUUGUUUUAUUUUCCAACAAAGGUCUCUGGUUUGAUUUCUGGCAGCUCGAAAACUUUUUUGAGCUUAUUUCAUUUGGUAUUUUUUGCCUUUUUUUUGAGGCUUUACUCCUUGUUGUCGUGGUCUCUGGAUGAACUGCUGCCAUGACGCUCUGCUGAAUGUCCUCCCCACUCUUGGCUCCACAUGUUUCCUGUCUCUCUGUCCUGUUCUCCUGGAGGGCUCGUCAAGUUUCUUUUGAUGUUUUAGUUCGUCUGCUUCUGUCUGCUCCACCCGCCCCCUCCCCACACCCCAGACAACUUUCAGACUAGGGCUGGGCGAUAUGGCCUCAAAUCCAUAUUACGAUAUAUUGAGCAGCUCACCUCAAUAACGAUAGACGAUAACUACUCCACAAGCUGCUCACCCCCUCCCACAUUAACUUCGCCGCUACAAAUUUUGAACCGUCCUCCAUCUCCUCACCUGUCUUUCCCUCUUUGUUACGGACUAGAUGGGGUGGAGUCACAUCUCCGACGUAGGACAGCGUCUUAAAGGGACAUGAGACCAUAGCCUACCUACACACAUCCAACACCAACUUUUAUUUAUUCAAUUUUUUGACACCAAAUAUAUUGACAUGGACAAAAUGAUGUUGGUUAUUGUUGUAAAUUUCGGUAUCGGUAAAUUUUCGGUUCAUCGCCCAGCCCUAUUUCAGGCAGCCAAUCAAUGCAAACCCUGUUAUCAGAGUAUUCCUGCCCAGGCUGCCACUAAGAUCACUGCAUAGAUAAUGAGGUUAGAAACUAACAGCCAUAAUUAGUAAUAUCUACUAUAAGGUGACCAUAAGUCCUCUUUUACCUGGACAUGUCCUCUUUUUUGGGGGCUGUCCAGGCUGUCCGGCCUUGUCCGGCUUUGUCCAGGGACGUUUAUAAAAUCCUUUAAAUGUCCGGCAUUUUGUUUGGAAGUUUCGGGUUUGUGUCACGUGGACUUACUGAGUAAGAAGUGUGUAAAAGACACUCGAUCUGACCCGAAAAACUCUAAAAAUUGACUACACACGAAUCCGUGACUCCGUGACUCCGCCCCCCCGCGUAGUCAUGUCCUCUUUUUGGGGAUUCAGAAUAUGAUCACCCUAAUCUACUACAAUUGCUCUGAGUUGCUACCUGGGCUGUUAUACUGGGGCACAGAGAAGUCACCAAUAUGUGACUCCUGCUGUAUGAACUCAGUGAACUCCUCAUGAAAUCGACUGUAUUUCUAAUGAAAAUACGAUUUUGUCAACUCUCGCUGCUAAAUUUCACACAAUUUUAAAACAUCAAUGCAGAGCAGGCUGAAUAAAAAUGUAGGAAUUUGAUUUUAUGUGCUAACAGAGGAGCUAGUUUAACUCUGUCCACCUGCAGCAGACUCCAUCCACCGCUUCUCUCAGUCAUCUUUACGCCCUGCAGCUUCAGAGAUGAUGUCUGUACGCUUUGCGUCUGUUGUGGAUCUGUUUCCUCAUACAUGCACCCCAUAACAUCUGGUAUUUAUUUGUGUUUACAUACUUGUUUUUGUUUAAAGAAUCAUUUGUGGAUCACUGCUCAAGUUAUAAACACAAGAGUUUGUAUGCAGACAUCAAAUCAGAACAGUGUGUGAUAAUAAAGAUCAUAAAGAGCUUGUUCACUUGUUCAAAAUACAGUUUAUUAACAUCCUUUUAUUAUUCUGUUUCUUUUUUUCUGCAGUUGUAUACAUCUGUGGCCCUCUGGACACUUUCCUGAACAUCAUGAAACUGUUUCAAAGUGAGAUCCAGGACCCAGAAAACUACGCCAUUUUCUACUUGGACGUGUAUGCCGAGAGUCUGACGGAUCGCAAACCAUGGCAGAACACUGACACUGACUGGGCCGAUCCCAUCCAAGUCUUUAAGGUAGGAUGAACACGUGUGGUACAUAAAGGUUCGAUAUCUAUUCAGCCAAUCAUAUUUAAAGUUGCAGGGGUUGACACACCACUGAUGGAGCUCUGCAUGCAAAAUAAUCUUCUGGGAACUGUCUUCCUGUGAGCUGGCACUUCACGCAAACAUGCAUGCACACGUGGGCACACACACAGUGUGUAGCAGAAGGCAUGCAUUAGUCUGGAUCACUUCUUUUGAUAGAUUGUAUCCAGAUUCUACACAGAUUUACUGAAUGUGGACUGUCACCGUUUCACCGACGUUGUAAUUACCGUCAGGAAAUUAUACAAGACCAAAAACCACCACUUGGAAAGAGGAAUGACGGUCUCUGACAACUGAUAUUUAAUUUGUCGUUUUUAUUCAUUUUCUCUCCAAAUCCUUUAAUCGUUAUCAGACUCCGUUCACUAAGUUUGACAGGAAAAAAAGUCUUCAAAUGCAGCAAAAAGGGACACUUAGUUCAAACACUUUGUGAAUAAGUGGUGUCUCAUUAAUUUUCACUAGCUUUUAAAAGUUUCACACAGCAAGUUAAAAUCACAUGAAGCUUUUACGGUGCUGACGUUAUGAUGAAUGUGUAUGUUCAGGAGAAGCUCACAGGCACUCUUACGGAUGAUCUUUGGAGGAUGAAUCACUUUUGUAGUUUAGUGUCAGAGGUAAAAGACCCUUCCACCUUUUGGACCACUUUAACGAGUGAAAUUCUUGUAUGACAUUAAAAAAAAUCUGUUUUCACAGGAAGCCAUUAAGCCAAACAAAUUAGCGCUCUGAGACAUCAGAGAGUGGGCACAGACUCUGUCGUGGGCUAAUUGAUCUCCCUAAAUGUCAAACCAGCUUUUCUUAAUUCUCUUUAAUUCAGUGUUCAUGUAGUUUUGAAGUGGACGAAUUGAAUAUAAAUCAAGUUUUAUGUUGAAUUGAUUAUAAAAAUGUCUCCCAUAAUGGACUUCACAUGUUUGCUCCAAUGCUUAAAAUGGAUUUUGAACAUUAGCUUAAUGAAUAAAUGUUAAUACUGCGCUUCUGUUUUGCAUUUAUGGGGCAAUAAUGUGUUCCACAGCGUUAUGUAUGUUUGACUUCCUCGCCUAUCUGCACCUCUAAUGACAGCGUUUAAAAACAUAGAAAUACAUGUUAAUCAAAGAUCACUGUAAAUGUAUGGUGGCCCGUAAGGGUCCCCUCACAAUCUUUAAAUGAACACCAGAAAAUCUAAUUUACAGAAGGUAGCAAUUUCACAAACACAAAAAUGUUUCAUGAAAUACAAAAAUAAUUUUAAAACGUGUAAAUAUUUUUCUUUUUUUUUCAACUUUUGUUUGUUUUGCAAUCAUGAUUUUUGAUUUUUUUUGCUUAUAAUUUUAUCUUAUUACCUCAUACAAGAUGCUUAUGCAUUUCAUGAAAUAGUUUUUGUACUUUGUCAAAAUAUUCUUCAAUUUUCUGAUUGUUUUUGGGUUUCAUGAAAUGAUUGCUGCAUUUCAAGAAUUAUUUUGCAUUUUUGAGUUGCUCCGUGUUUGCAUUUAGUGAAAUGUUUCAGGCCUUCAGUGAAAUUUUGCAUCUUUAACCAAAUACAGUUCUCAGAUACUCUCCACAUAUCUAUAAAAUUUUCAUGAUCAUUGUUAAUAUACAAAUCAAAACCUUAAACUGCAGCAAGAAAUGUACCUGAAGCUUGAUUGUGGAAGGGCACCAGUAAAUUCACAUGGUUGCCAUCUCUUCUCUGCCACGUCACAGUCAGGGUGGGAAACUCAUCAUCAUGUGCGAUGACAUAAAAGUCAAAUCACUGAUUGGCCAAAUUUAUGGUUUGAAAUAGCUUUAGCCUUUAGAGUUCUCCUUCUGAAACCUCUUGUUAGCUGGCAUUGAAAUAUUUGAGUUUUAAUGCAAACAAGUUACUAAUUUUGGUCAAAGUGCAUUAAUGAUUAUUCAUACUAAGUGAAAACAAACUACUUCAAUCAGCCCACACCCACUCAAGAUACAAUAGUUUGAGCCAUAAUAUUAACGUGUGUGUUCAUAAGGGCUGGAUUUACACAAGAGAAAAAUAAUUUUAAUAUUGGAGACGAGAUUUUUGGAUUCAUUAAAGGGAUUUUUGAAGUUUGAAAUAAAGCGUCAGUAUCAAACAGCUGCAGUAUAAAACAGACCUCAGAUCUGUUCAUCUGACUGUGAACUGCUCCUAACCUUGGCUUUGGAGCAAAACUUUGGCUUUUCAUUCUGCUGCUCCUGUGAAGCGUUAAUUUGUCUGCGAGCGAUAACAGAGCUCAUUAUGGCGACGUGCUUCUUUCAGAGCGAUAAUUGCUUAUGGAAGUUUGUGGUUAAGCUCCAGUGUAGAGACAUGAAAAAGGAUCUAUAUAUCUCUCUGUUCAGAGCAAAAUCAGAUGCCUUCAAAUAAAUGUAUGACUUGUUUUUUCUGUCAUAACAGCAAGCAUAUUAACAAAACUGAAGGUCACAUUCUGACUGAAAUGCCUGGCUGGAUGUUUAUUUCUUUAUUCAAACACUUGAUUGGAUAUGAGAUGGCUCUGUUAAAGUGUAUGUGGUGUUACAGACAUUUUCUAAACCGCUUAUUAUGAGCAGAGUCAUUACACUGUUUACCUGUCACCCUCUGUAUUACAGAGCCAUGAAAGCCUUUGAAUCCUUUCACAAGAUUAAUUUGAAAUCUCAUGAGAAUGUUUCAUAAGAUUGAAUUUGACUAUAGUAAUAUACUAAAUUAUAGAUUACAAAUCCACUAUAUACAUGUUGGUUUGUGCUAUAGUUCUGCUGAAUCUAUAGCCUGAUGAAAGAUGACUUUUCAGUUAUGAUGACUUUUGGGAACUUUGUGAAGUUCGUAAUCUGUUUAUGGGUUUGUAAACAGUGAGGGUGAACUGCUAAUGUAUGUGCAGAGAUAAAAAAAAAGCGUAGAGAUGGAUUGAUAAUAAUAGAGUCAUAACCUGUACAUAGGGCUGGGUGAUAAAACGAUAAUGAUAUAUAUCAAAAAUUUAUUUCCCUCGAUAUCAAUAUAAAAUAUAGUCGGUAUGCUUUUUGAUAACCUGCAUUUAGCCAUUUUUUGUCGACUAUACGAAUAGCCAAUGAAAGGAGGAGUUGCUCUGUGCAGUGCUGAAACGACCUUUCAGUCCGCUUUUUCUAGCGCAACGCCUUACAAAAAAUGUCAAAGAGACACAAAGACCUCACAGAUGCAGUAGCUUCUUGUAUUGCAAAAGAUAUGCUACCAAAAGGCACUGUUAAAUUUCAUUUAAGAAUAACAGGGAACAUUUAAGAUUGACAAGUGAUUUUUUUAUAUGGUGUUAUGUAUCGAUAUUGAUUGAUAUGAAAAAAAUGUAACGUGAUAAACUUUUCCCAUAUCGCCCAGCCCUACCUGCACAUGCAGAUUUGCAAACAGUGUGCACAGAUGGGAAUAAAACCAUGCUUAUUUACAGAGCUGCCCCUGCAGAUCAAUGUUUAUUAGCAGGUAAAACGAUCAGUUACAUGGAAAUUUUGAGUCAGUUAAUGAUCAAUGUUUUAGAUAUUAUUCUGUGUUGAUAUUUUGAUUUCAUAUGUUUUCUGUGCCAAAAGAAACCACUAAUAGUGCAGGAAUGAAAAUGUUUUUCCCCCUCUCUGUGUCUCUUCCAGUCUGUAUUCGUCAUAACAUACCGGCCUCCUGAUAAUCUAGAGUACAAAGAAUUCCAGAAGAGACUCCACGCCAAAGCUCUGAAGGAUUUCGGAGUGCACUUGGAGCCGUCGCUGGUGAGUUACAGCCUGUAAAAACCUCAUGUGUUCCCAGCAGCAUCACACCCUCUUUAAUCUUUUAUUAGACUUUAUAUGGACAAAAACACCCACUGUGUUGUGUAAAUGUCAGCUGUUAAUGAUGAAUGAUGUUGACAAUAAUGUAAGCAAUUAAUAGUUUUUCUUUUAUUACUGUCUUCAACUCACAUGGCACUUUAACUAGCCAGAUUUGUGUCAUUUCAUGAGCAUGCUCCUAUUGGCGUGCUGGCUCUAGAAUAGGGGUUUCCUCCAUUAACAUGCUAAGUAUUUUUAUUUUUCCAUCAUUAAGCUCUGUAAUCAUUACCUUGUGUAUUGCACAAACUACUGUGUUGUUAAAAGUUUAAACAUCGAUACUUCUCCUCCUGCAGAUGGACUACAUCGCGGGCAGCUUCUAUGACGGUUUUGUGUUAUACGCAAAAGCUUUAGAAGAGACGCUGGCAGAAGGUGGAGCCCAGAAUGACGGCAUCAACAUCACAAUGAGGACGCAGAACCGCAGAUUUUGGGGUGAGCUAAUGUUGGUUUGUGAACAAACGAAUCGACAAAUGCAUCUUUUUCUACUCUUUCAGGAGUGAUAUGCCGGCUGAAAGAGGUUUUAGCUGAUCUAACUGGAGUAAGGAAACUUUUCCAAAGUGGCGCUAUGAUAGUAAAUUACCAGCUACUACUUAUGCCAAGGUAAAGCCUGGAGGAUUUAAUCAGUCAAGAAACAGUUCAGCAGUAUAUUGGUUUAGUAAAACAAAGAUGUGACAGUAACUACAUUUUAAUCCACCUUAUAAGUGAAGUGAGAAAAACACAGGGUUGCUCAUGCUUCUCUGUUAGAGGUAUAAAACUAUGAAUGCAUUACCAUCUGCAAUGAAGACACUGAUGAGAUUUAAGGUUUUUAACAGAGAAAGAAAAGAAAGUUUGUGAGCACAGUUUGAAACAUAGAUUAAUUUUUCAACCGUUUUUGUCUCUACUGGUCUGCAUCUUUGUGGAAAUCCUUCAUUUUUUGCAAACAUCAAUUGUGUCUCAUAUUUUCAUAUCUGUAUGAUUGAACUCACAGCUCUGUAAUGUUUGGUUUAAUCUUAGAAGCUUAACCAGGAUACAGGGUUGCAGAUUUUCUACUGCCAGAAACCUGUGUGCAUGACAUUUUCUUUGUAUAAACCACUGACUCUGCAUAAAUCUUUAUACAGUCAUGGUAUACCCUAUGCAGCAAUAUGUCAUGUAUUUGCCCCUGUCGCACUCAGGACAGGCUAAAGUGUGAUUCAUACUCCUGUGCUUAAUCUAUUCUUUUGCAUGUAUGCCAUUGGUUUGCAUAUGGAGUAGCCUGUGAGCAAAGCUUGACAUGUUCCUCCCCAAAAGCAUAGUGAUGUGUCUGAUCAAUACAGGCAGUAAACCUGGUGAUCAAUCAGCUGGGUAACAUGUACUCCACAUGCCUCUGUGCGUCACAUCUCCUCCAUCCUCACCUCUUUUUGUCUUUCUGCUUAAAGUUCAUUCACUCUAACUCCAGCACAACACCACUGAUCAACAAAGAUGCCUCUUUACUUCCAGUCCCUUGUUUAUUUUCCCUUUCCGGAUGCCAAAAAAUGAUAACUGUUAUUUGGUACUUUUUGCGGUUUAAUUUAAUUCAAAUAUCCCUCUUCAUUAAAUACUGUGAAUCUGAAAACACUCAGAUACAGUUGCCAUGGUUUCCUGUGCACAAACAAGCAAAGACCCAAAAACUGGCCAUAUUUUUAGCACAGAGAUCACACUAGCGUUUUGUCAGGGUAUUAUAGGGCGACACAUACACACUCCUGUGAGUGUAGUAACAACCACUGCAGAUUAACAACAGCAUAUAGUCAAUGAAGAAGUAUGAACCAGGCUUUAUGAAUAAACAACAAGCUGAUACAAAAGGUAUUAUUUUUGAGUUACAACUGAGGGUUAAAAUAACUCCAUGGCUUGGAGAUUGAGGAUCAUCGAGGAAAUGUCAUUUACUGUUUGUUUGAAUCAAUAACAAGAUGGUAUGUUUUCAUAUAACAAGAGUCCAGUGAUUGGUCACAUGCAGAGAAAGUGAGCUGUACGUGAUAAUGAUGAAUAUUCAAGUCUUCACCUCCUCAGAAAUUACCGUUAGACUUUAAGCUGAAAGCUAUAGCUGCCUCUCACAAAAAGAUUGCAGUGCUACACCAUAAACGUGGAUAGAUGGUUUGGUGGAAAGCAUCGGUGACCCUAAAAUGAGAUUAAAUACACCCUUUAAAUAUGAUAAUUAAAAAUAAUACAUUUUAUUUAUUGGCGCCUUUCAAAGCACUCAAGGUGGCCUUACAAGAGAAGGUUAAAACAAGACAAACAAAUAAAUACUAAUAAUUAUAGCAUCGUUGAACUCCAGUUAAAAAGGCCGUUUGAUGCUCGAUGUGAGUGCUGACACACUUCCAUGUUUACCUCUCUGGCUGCCAUGUCUGCUCUCACAUCAUCCUGGAGGAGGUAAUCAGGCUGACGAGGGCUGUUCUGCUCAGCAUGAUGCAGUAAAACAAAGAAAUAUGUUGAAAGUACUCAUAAAAAGUAUUUAUUCAUUGUGGUUGUUUUGACAGUGCGUCAAAGACAGUGUUAAGUAGCGCCUGGUUUUUCAGAACAAAAGAUUUUUUCUGGUUUUUGAUGUCUAAUUCUGGCUCUCUACCUUGAGUUCACAUUAAGGUUUUUCAAGUUCUUCCACGAGGAUCAGUUUUAUGAAAUGAAAAGAAAACAAUUGAUAUAAUAAAGAUGAAAAUAAUGCUGCUACUGUCUGAAUUGUCACAAUCAUUGUUUGUUCAGAUCAAGUCAAAGCUGUGGUGCCAAGACACAAACAUGCCAUCUUUGCUGAUGCUCUCUCCAGUCAUGUUUGCACGUCCAAGAUCAUUUCCAACAAUUUUCUUCUUUGACAACCAAAACAACAAAAUCAAAGGAAAAAUCAGGAAAUUGCUCCAGUGCCUUUGUACCAAAGUAGACGGCGGAACACAAUGCCAGAACAACAACAACAAAGAGAUGGUUAUAACGGAAAGGGACAAGGACUCGAGUUUAUGAUUCAAAUACUUAAAAAUACCAGAAAAACUCUGUUUACGAUGACUCAUCCAAAUAUGAAAGGCUGAAGGUGUAAUGGGUACUUGAGGGUUUGUGAUAGUACCAUACAUGACGUUACACACUCUGAAUCAGACCCUUAAUGUGAACAUUGUGUGUUUGUCUUUUUAGGAGUGACGGGACUUGUUAGUACAGACCACAAAAAUGCCAGAGAUAUAGACGUCAACCUGUGGGCCAUGACGAACAUGACGACAGGAGAGUACGGGGUAAGUCAUGCUGUCGUAUGUCUGGUAUUUAAUUUGUUUGGGAUCUUCUGCUGAGGGGGCGUAUGACUGAGUCUACAUUUUGACACAGUCUUUACAUUUAGCAUUGCUGAGUGAGUGAUGUGCAACAUUAUGAAUGGUGUGAAUGCUGAGUCACUAAGUCAAAGGUAUUUUAAUUACUGGCAAGGCAAGGGUCAGGACACAGGAAAAAAAGACUCAAAGGAACUACAAUGAUUGAAGUAAGGCUUUUGUUGUAUUAGUACAACAUGGGCUAAUAUUGAGAUUUAAACGAUUUAGGACCUGAAACACCUUCCCACUGAGCAUUUUUUUGGUCUGAAAGAGGUCGAAUAGACAUUGAAAUGUAGCCUAGACAACUGGUCUAAAAUCAUGCUACCACAGAUCCAAAAAUGACAGUUUUUUAAAUGCCUAAAUUUAGACCAAGGUUAGACCAAGUCUAAAUCUGGGCUGUAUCUAUUCUACUCUGUAUAUUGCUCAACGGCUAUCAUAAUUAUUUUGGUAAAGUACUUGGAGAUCAGUUCUGCAACUCACAGUUGCUUUUUGAAAUAAAUAGUUAUCAAAUAAUCGGUUAAAGUGCAACGUCUAAAUUCUGUCUAAAAAUAUACAGAAUUGAGACGGUUGACAUUAGGUCUAAAAAAAACUAGAUGUCCAAUAGCCGUCUAUUGCUCAGUGGGUUAAGAAAAUAUGAUUCAGAUUCAUGAGUUUCCCAUCCUAAACGUGACUUUACAAGGAGAUGGCUGCUGUGGGAGUAUGACCAACUGAUGGAAAUCUACAGACCCCUUUCUUUAUUGUUGGCAAAGCUGAUCUCAGUCGACCCGCCCUAUCAGUAGAUCCAACUAUCAGCUGACAUGCAAGUUAUUUGUAAAAAAAAUUUCUGUUCUCAAUUUGAAUCAAAGAGACGAUAUCAACAGAUAAGAGUAUAUGAACCAAAUAAAUACAGAAGCUACAUACUCAAAUCAAUGUUCUGGACCAGGAUGUAGACAUUAGGGGUGUCAAUACCGGUACUGGAGCCUUCAAUAUUGACCGAUACCGAUAUUGAUCCAAUAUUGGCACAAAAUUGUGCAUGACAAGUUUUUCACUCAGCUGUUAUGUCUUUUUCACACUUAAAAAAAAAAAUACUACCACAAGGCCAACAUCACUCCUUCCCCUCUCUACUUUGUUAGUACCUCAGCACACACUGUUGUUGUGAUUUUGUGAGCUCAGCUUUCUGGAUCAGGGCGCUACUAGAUAGAGGUGCCGGAGCAGAGUCUGGAAUGGACUGCUUGUAUCGGAGUGCUGAUAUAGGAGAUUUUAGAUGCAGGCCAAUAUAAUCCGAUAUUCAUUUUUUGGUGAUAUCAGACCGAUAUCCGAUAUCAAUAUUGUAUCGGGACACCCCUAGUUGACAUGUUUUGUUUGCCCUUUGACACUGGAGCUAGUGAGGCUUAUGCAGUCACACUUGAGGAGCUGUGGUUGAUUUCACUUCCAUUUUGGAUUCAUAUCAUAGUUUUCCUUUUGAAAAGCAUCAGAAAAGACAACAAAGAUACACAAAACAACCACACUGUUGGCUGUUUGCGGUGGUUUGAUCAUUUCUAUCUCCGUUCAGUCACAGUGUUUUGUUCAGCAGAAGAGAUUGCUAUUGCUUAGUCUUAAGAUAAAGAAUGAAAAGGUUGGCUGAAAGGACCAAAAUCUGUGAUAACACUUUUAUUGGAUUGGGUUUUGCAGAGUAGCCUCGAGUGCAAAGAUGGAUGGUGGAACGAUGCAUUUAGGGACAAACAGGCCGUGUGCUGCGGCUGGUUAUAAGCAGAUUUGGCAAAGAGAUGUUUUUGUUAGGCAUGGACCGGACUGAUAAGCAAAUGAGGAGACACUUUCUUUUUGUUACAGAGCGACCAACAUGUCCCUCUUAUUGAGUUUUUCAAUGUGGUUGCUCAUACUUUUGGGUUUAAAUAUGAGCAAAUUUCCUUUAAACCAUUAUUUGGAGACCCUCAGCGCUCAAAGGAUUAAAGCUGGAAUCACAACCUCCCAGGUUUUUAUUUGCUCAGGGCCAUAUGGAGCUUGUCAUUCACCCGACCUCUUUCUUUCUCUUUCGUCUUUCUUUUGCAUAAAACAACCUACCAAAACCUUUUGUAUUUACUGAGAGGAUAUAAAAUCUUCAGGGCUCUGUGUAAGUAAGAUUCUUUGUUGAGAUUAGUCAGUAGAGAAAGCUGUUUUUCUGUGUACAAAUGAGUGUUUUUGGGUAUAAGCUUUAGACUUGAUUAAGUGUCUCACAGCUAAAGUUCGCAAAGCUGUUAACACAAGAAAAUAAGAGAUACAGUCUCAGUCUGAUUCUCUUCAUGUUUCUUUAAUUCCUCUAAUGCUUUAGCAGACUGCGUGGAGUUUCAAACCACAGCUUUGGUUUGUGUUCAGUUGUUGAUGCUAACAGCAAAUGGAUGUUACUAUCUGGGACAUAUUUCUGGUUCCUAAAACUUCUAUAAUGAUUGGAUGCAUAAAACCUCAGAUUUCCCUCCCAGUCUGAUGAAAAUAUUUGUGUAAGUUGUUCUCUGUAAACAUGACUGUGAACUGCUUUAGUGUGUUUUUUUCUCUCUGAGGGCAGCAGAAGUGGGUUAGCUGGAUGUGAGUUCAGUAAAAAUUUCACAGUGGUUCUCAGAGGCCAUCAGAGUGACUUCCUGGUCUCAUUUAUCCUCGCCUUUAAUUGGUCGCUUCAUAUAACCUGUUGACCUUAGAAAGCAGCUGCCCUGUUCAAAACAUCUCAGGGUGGUUUCAAUCUUAGACUGCUGCAUAUCUAAAAAAACAACAACUUUGAUUUCAAAACACUACUAAUAUUAAAAGAACCUAAAUUGUCGAACCACUUGUCAAUUUUAUUCUUGUUUUUGCGUAUUUUUAAAAAAGGUUUGACUCACUGCUUAAGGACAAAGACUCCUCAUCUGGCUGCGUUCAGUUUUAGCUUACGAUACAACAUUGUAAAUUAAAAAUCAAUGCUGAGUAGGGCUGGGCAAUUAACCGAAAAUUUACCAAUACCAAAAUUUACGACAACAACCAAUGUAAUUUUGUCGAUGUCAAUAUAUUCACUGUCAAAUAAAUAAAUAAAUAAAUAAAAGUUGGUUUUGGAUGUGUGUAGGUAGGCUAUGGUUUCAUGUCCCUUUAAGACGCUUUCCGACAUCAGAGACGUGACUCCACCCCAUCCAGUCUGUACCUAAGAGGGAAAGACAGGUGAGGAGCUGGAGGACGGUUCAAAAGUUGUAGCGGCGGCUGAAGUAGAUGAAGUUAAUGUGAGAGGGGGUGAGCAGCUUGUGGAGUAGUUAUCGUUCAUUUAUCGUUAUCGAGGUGAAAUGAUCAAUAUAUUGUGAUAUUGAUUUGAGGCCAUAUCGCCCAGCCCUAAUACUAAAUGUGUAGAAAUGUGAAUUUUCAGCUAAAUCUAUCUAUCAGAUUUCAGAUUGAAAUGCUCCUUUGCUAACCCCCGUUAGCAACGAUUGAAGAACCUUAAUGAGUUUUUAAAGAUUUUUAAUUUUUUAACCCAUUUUCUUGGGACAAUAAAGACUAUGUUAUAUUUCAAGGAACAAAGUUAUAUUGUUCAUGAAGUAAAGUUUUCAUAAUCAGCCACUUAAAAGAGAGAUUCCAGCUCUUUGCUCAGUCUUUUCAGAGUCCUGAUACUAAUAAUAAUGUCAUGCUGAGGAGACGAAAAAUUAGAGACAACUUAAUGAGACGCUCUAUGUUCUUCAUCUUGAUACAGACAGCUGGUACAGCUGCUUACCAUGAACCAAAAUUACAACUUUAUCACCACCUCGUAGUAUACGGUACUCUGUUCUAAUAACUUUAUGACUUUGGUUUUAUUUUAUUCUUGUAAGAAAACGACUUUAACAAAACCUUAAAUAUCUUAAACAAACCUCUAUUACUAUUAUUACUACUUAUGAAUAGGUUGAAUGUAUUUAAAUAUCCUUGGUCUAAAAUACUUGUCUACUCUCACAGAAUCAAGAUUAAAGAAGCUGAACUCAUCAUGGAGCGAAUUGUUAAAAGGAGUUAAUUUUUAAGUGUAGGGCAGUAAACACAACCCCCAAACUAAAGAACUGGGACUAUUUUGGCUCUCUGGCCCCCUGCCCCCUCACCUAUCCCAUCCUGCAUUGUUUUGAUGACCCUCUGUGGGGGUUGACAGCCCUUAAGUUUUUAACAGGAGGGACCCGACAUGCUUGGAGCAUGGGUCGAACACAUAAAAACUCCUCUGGCUGUUUAGAGACACAGGAGUCGAGUUUCACAGCAGGACAGCAGAUGCUGUUCAUGAGGCUGUGCCGUCAGAAUAAAGCUCACACAAACAAGCUGCUCAGGAUGUUUGUGAAAUGUUUAAGAGCUGUUACCCACCUGUGUUUUUGUCUACAUGAUGGGAUCAACUAACUUGUCUCUGAUCAAAGCUCACUGAUCACGAGUAGCAGGGCAAAUAAACAAUAAACAGAGCAGUAAACUGCCAAGAGCACAGACAAGACUGCAAGGUGUUGUGCAUAUGGCAGUGAUACUCAAGAACUGCAGUGUGAAUGAAGAGGAAACUGAAUCAGUUCGUGAGCAAGUUUCAGUACACUUGGGUACAUUCAAAUUAAGAAGGUGAAUAAUGUGUGAAAUAUUGGUGCAUGUCCGUUGAUCAUUAUAUAUGUUGGUGUAAGGUGAGAAAUGCCUUAAACCAAAUAGCUAAAUGGUCUUCUCGACUGAUUGGUGAGUCACAGCUUUUUCCGGCAUCCCUGUACACCAAACAGUUACAGCGGAUAGCUUUCUCUAUUCUAAAUGACGACUCCCACCCUUUACACAGCGAGUUCCAGCUUCUUCCCUCUGGAUGGAGGUUUCUAGUCCCCAAAUGCAGAACUAAACGUUACAGAAACAGCUUUGUUCCUGCUGCUAUUAUUGAAGUGAACAAGUUGUAGAGAUUUUGCACAUAAUUUUUCACAAUUAGCACAAACUGAGGAGGUAUUAUUUACUUACUUAUGUUGGUUUUAGACUUGUUUUUACCUUGGUUUGUAUCCAAAGGUUGUUUAUUUGGGUUAUUUAUUUGCAUUUCUUUAUGUAGUGACGUUUUUCUCCCUCUCUUGUGUCCUGACUGGGGAGCCUUGGGGUGCUUUUAUCAUGUGUUUUACCCCCAACGCUACACUGUUUUGUGGUUGUUUUAGAUUUGUACUGUGACUUGUAUAAAUGGACAUCAUCACUUUAUUUCACUGCAGAACAAAUCUACCUUUGGGUAUUAAUAAAGUAACCUGAGCUUGAACCUGAACCUGAACGAGGAGACAAAGGAAAAUAUGGAAAUUCAGUGAUCAAAAUAUGCCAAUGACAGAAUUAAUAACAGCAAAUAAAACAGCCUGGUGUAUUUAUUCUUAUCCAUCUGACCCAGCCUUUUCCCCUCUGUGUUUGCAGCUUGUUGCUUACUACAAUGGAACCACCAAAGAAAUCAUUUGGUCCCAGACAGAGAAGAUCCACUGGCCUAACGGGGGCCCUCCACUAGAUAACCCCCCGUGUGUGUUUUCCACUGAUGACCCUUCCUGCAAUGAUGGUAUGACACCUCUGCAUCAUCUAUAGACUUUUUGCAUCUGAUGUCACAAUGUUAGGUCACCACCCCCUCAGCAGCAAAAGGGAUAUGUAACUUUCUAGAUGUUGAUGCCAAAUAAAUACUUAAGCCCACAAAUAUCCUGCAGUGGAAGAACUGUAAUUUGCAAAUAUUAACAUGAUUAUCAGCUAAUUCAGCUAUCUGUUUAUGCCAAAGGAACUGGAAAGACAACAGAAUGAGUAAAAACAGCUGCUGUUGCUGCCCGAGUAGUUUCUAUGCUAUCUGGUUUUUACUUUCUGGAUAGUAGUGGUUUUGGAAAGUGCUGCCUCAGAUUUUUAACUCAUAAUUAGGAUAAUUAUUGCAGCAACACAAUUAGUCAAACUGAGGAACGCAACUAGGCUUUUAUUUUGAAGUACGAGCUAUUUCCUACAGAUCAUAAGUUAUGGAUCUGAAUGAAAACUUUUCAAAGAAAGGUCAAAAAUAGGGCUGUCGGGAUAUCCUAUUUUCACUUUUUGAUAACCUUGGCUGUGAAAAAUUGGUUAUCAAACUUGUUAGCGGAAUGAUAUGUCCCCAGAACAAGACCUACAGCUGGCUGGAAUAGCUUUAGGGAAUUGCAUGAAGAGAUUUAAGACAAAGAUGUUCAUGCACAGUGAUGAUGACAAGAGAAAUUAUCUCACACUUAAUGGCCAUUUUUUCCUCCUGAGAGUAAAAUUAAAUCACUCAUUAGAUGGAUAUUACAGCUCACUAAUAACAUAUUAUCUCUCCAUCUGUACAGAGCCAAGGAUACAUUCAUUAAUGCUGUGAUGAGAAAUCUGUUUCUUCUAUCAGUCUUGUUCCAUCUUUUAUGCCUGUUUGAAGCCAAUACACCCAUUUAGAUGUGCUUGAAUAAAAAGCAGUGCCAAAGAUCAGCGCUGGAGAUGCUUUGACUAAUGUCCACAUAGUGACAGUUUCCCACGGGAAUCGUUAGUGAUGAUUAACUGAGGAGGAAACCACAGCAGUUGUACAUGUAUUUUGCAGUGAAGAAGGUUUAAAGUCAAUAAAUCUAAAGCUAUCUGCUAAGAAUUUGUGAAUUUAAGAACCCAAAAGUCGCUGUCUCCAGUGUGACUUUCUGCACUUAGAGAAAUAAAUGAUAAGGAAUGAGGUAUUAUAUUAGACAAACAUGUGCAGAACAUAAAGCACAGUGAUGACAGUGUUUGAUAAUAGAGUUAAGAAAUAGACAAGGUCAGUACAUAACAUGCUGUUGCACAGUUUUCAAAGUAUCAGGAGCUAGCUAAGAGAUCAGUGAAUGAAUUGGAGGUCUGGAAAUCAGUGUUGGGACUCGCUUUAUUCCCAGUCUGACUAGCUGUUCCCCUUCAGAAGCCAUUUAUUGAAAAAAAAUUAUUACUGUGUCAUAUGAUGAGAAACCCUAACAUAAAACAUGAUAUGAUAUGAUAUGAUAUGAUAUAAUAUGGUAUAUAGGAUACGAUAUGAUACGAUAUGAUAUAAAAUGAUAUGACAUGAUCAGCAAUACACAAAAUAGAAUAAUAGGAUACAAUACAAUUGCAUUAUGAUCUGACAUGAAUUUAUAUAAAUUGAUAUGGGGCAAGAGAAUAAAAUAGAAAAGAUACAACAUGACACAGUACAAUAGGAAAUAAUAGUAUAUGUUACAUAUGAUAUGAUGAGGUAUGAUAAGAUAUGAUACAGUACAAUACAAAAUAUAUCAGAAAAUGAUAUAAAAUUAUAUAAUGUGGUGUGAAGCAACAUGUUUUAAUUUGAUAUGCUGCGAUGCAGUACAAUAUGAUACAAUAUGAUAUGAUACAAUAGCAUACAGUCCAACACAAUACGAUAUGAUACUAUAAGAUAUGACAUGAAACAAUGUGAUACAACAGGAUACUAUACACAAUGACAUGAUUCAUUAGGGCAGGAUGCUUUGAAACAUGAUAUGAUACAAUUUGAUUGUAUAUGUUGUGAUACAGUACGAUAUGAUACAAUAUGAUAUGAUAGAAUACGAUACAAUAUGAUACAAUACGAUAUGAUACGAUAUGCUACAAUAUGAUGCGAUACGAUACAAUACAAUAAGACAUGAUAUGAUACGAUACGAUAUGAUGCCAUACGAAACAAUAUGAUACGAUGGGAUACAACAGGAUACUAGAUGAUACUAUAUGAUUUAGUAAGGCUUUAUGCUCUAAGAUAUAUGAUACACUAUGUUAUGAUAUGUAACAGUAUGAUAUGGUGAAAAAGGGUAGGUUGUGAUGCCAUUAGAUAUGAUAAUAGAAUUUACUUCAUCAGAUCAUAUUGUAUCAACUCAUAUUGUAAUGUAUUGUGUCAUUAUACAAUAUGUAAUGGUAUAUGAACAGACAAGAUGUCCUUAGGAUGGAUUUACUUUUCAUGUUUUUGGCCACAGACUAUUUUCUUAGAUCCUUUACUAUGUUAUCAAGGACAUCAUUUGCAGAAUAUUUAAAGCUGUGCACUCAAAACUUAAACUGCCAGUGAAUUCAGUGAUGCAACGAAGCUGAAGCUAAUUACCAGUGCAGUUGGAAAUGAUAUAUCCUGAAUGAUGAUUCUCAGCUUUUCCUCUGACUUACAGCAGGAUGUAUAAUUAGUCUCAAUUAGGGUUUUAAUUAUACACCAGGAAUGUCAGAGCUGUAUAAUUGUGUUAAAUUGUUGCCGGUGUUUGUGGCUGACAGAUUGCUAAAGCAGUGCAGCUGUACGUCAGGAAGUCACAGCUGUGUUUUUCACUGCCUUUUUUUCCUCUUUUUAAAGAUAUGAAUGUGAACAUCUGUUGAACAUAUGACAGAAACUGACCGAGUGUUGAAUCCCUCCUCUGUCUCCAGGUCAUCUCCCAGUUCUGGGUAUUGUGGCUGUGGGAUCUGGAUUAGCGCUCAUCAUUUUUGGGAUCUCCAGUUUCCUCAUUUACAGGUGAGUUUGACUGAAUGGAGGUGACGCCUCCUGUCUUUGCUGCUUUUAGCUCCAACUGUGUAAAUGAGGGACUGAGUUUUUCCUCCACUGACGGACAGACAGAAAGAAAAAGACAGAGGGAAGGAGGGAGCAAGAGGUGUUGGAGACAGGAUUUAUGGGUCGUGCUGCUAUAGGUGCCAGUGUGGUAUUUACAUGAUUGUUUCCACGGCAACGGCUCAGCAGGUGACAGCGUUAAAGCGGCGGUGAAGUGCGCUUAAGCUGCCAAGUGAGCUCAUAUACCAGCCCCCAAACACCCUUACUGCUUUUCUCACUUAAUGAUCAUUAGUGUGGUUGUAAACUCUGUUUUCUUUGCACUGGAUUUAAGCUAAUCGCCUCCUAUUUAGAUAAUUCACACAACACUGAUGUCACAGGGAAAAUAUCAGUCAAGGUCCUUUUUGUGCUUCUCUCAAGGUAGUACACAUUUAUUUGUAUGUUGUACGCUUUUAAAAUCUCAUUGCAAAAAUUUCAUUUCUCAACUCUAGAGGAAAAAGACCAUUUUAUAUGAUGUGAAAAAGUGUCCGAACAAACUUUGACACAGUGAAAAUCUCGCUCUUAUGAAGUCAUUUUUGCCAAACAAGUCCCCCCCUUUAAACUCAUAAAACACAGCAGCCGUGUUAUUGGCCCUAAGUUUCAAAAUAUUGAGUUCAAGGUCCUCCAUGCUGCGUCAGUUCUGUUCAUGUUUGGCUCCAGGGUGAAACACUAUUAAAUAUGCAAGUGGUUAAGAAUUCAAGCAAACAAGCAAUAUCCAUUUAGACUUACAAAAAAUAAAAAAACACAGCUUAUCGAGAAACACUUCAUUUAAUCAACAAAAUAACCAGAUCAGGUUGGUUAUGGAGUGCCUGAAGAUCAUGUUUAUCAGUGAUUUCACUCUUUUUAUCAAUUUACUGAAGGUGGGGUAGGCAAGAUCUGAGGAAGUGCCAGUUUUUGGGAGAAAUCUUGAAUGUAAACUCUACCCCUCCCAACCAGUUUUGCCCUCAGCUCCUCCUCUCCGCGCCGUCUCUGCUCCAGCAAGCCCCGCCCACAAACAGACGCUCGUCCUCGCUCGAAUCAUUCUAAUUAGAUUCAGAUAUAAUGAAGAUAAAUACUUCAUACUAAUGAAGAUAGAUACUAACAGACUACCAGAAAACACAAUGUUUGCAGGACUUCUCCAACUAACUACAAGUGACAUACUUCAGGACCCGAGGAAAACAGUUUAGCGGCGCUACAACACGCAGCAGGUUUGACAAGAAACACUUCUGUUACAGACACUUGGCUUACUUUGUCCAGCAAAAAGGUUACAGGGUCUGUAAGAUCCUGAAGUGUUCACUGAUGUUGACCCGGCUUCUUAGCUCUUGUCCGAUUUACUACCUUUUUAAGCGCCCGUUAUUGCGCCAGAGUCUCCGGUAUUUACUUCGUUUUCUUGCUUGUGUUGGCAGUCGUGACCAAAGUAGGAUUCAGACAAUUUUCUGUACUUCCUGGUUGGUUUCUACUGUCGCGUGCCUCACAACAUGAGGGAGCGUGUGCCUCACAACGUCUGCCUCACAACCAAUCAGGUUGGGGGAGGUGGAGAACAGUUUGGUUUACGUUUAGAAAGAGCGGGCCGCUCAAAAAUUUUUAAAAUGUUGACUACACAGACAUAACAAAACACAGCAAUAUCGUGAUAUUCCCAAAUGUCAUCAAUAACUAAUAGCUAUUGACUGAUAUUAAAAGCUUUUUUGUAUAUACACCACAAAAAAUAUGCUUUUUUAAUGGAAUCUUGCCCACCCCACCUUUAAGUUGAGAAGUUUUUAUCCAGCGCUUGCUUUCUUUUCAACUGGGUUACUGUUCUGUUUUUGUUUGACCCAUCAAUGACCUCAGACUGCCACCCUGUGCAGUCUGUGGACCCCGUCAUACUCCAUACCCUUACUUCAGAGGCAAAAAAAUAUGUGUGCAAAGAAGGACAUGACUUUCAUGAAAUUUUAUUUGUUUAUACAUUCUUUAGGGGAUUGUAUUUUCUGUAAAAUUUACCCUGACAAUAUAAGACUGUGUCAUUUCCUUGCUACUACCCCGGAAACCAACUGAAACGUAUGUCAAAGAGAUCAUCAAAUUUACUCGACUUCUUUCAUGAAAACUUCAUCUGACUUUAAAAUGGUGAUUAAUUGCUGAAUUUCAAGAGCUAAUCCCAUUUUGAUAUUGUGUUUAAAUUCCAUUUGUUUGAUUUGAGCAUCAAGUGAAUUCGAUGAAAUAAUCUUUAUGAUUGUGACUUAAGACCUGCUAUCUACACAGACGCUGCGCUGUAACAGCAGUGUGGUAUUAAACCAUGACUCAGAGGUAGGAGGCAGCCUCGAAGUGUAUCGUUUACAGCUCUUUAGGGACAUUUACACUCCACAUUUGUGCUUUUGUGAUGUGGCUGCCAGCUGAUAUCAGUUUGGUUGUGUCUGUAGGCUUAGCUGGAGCAUGAUAUCUCAGUCCUGAAGCUCUGAGUUGAAAAAACUUUUACUGCUGCAGUCCGACUUAAACUGGACUUUAAAAUACACAAAAUCAUGUCACUCUGACUGAACUUUGACUGAGUUGGUCUAAUUAGAUUGGGAAUGGUUUGAGGAUCGAUCACAUGUAUACUCUCAAGUCUGUCCCAGGUCCUCCUUAAACGCUCCAUGGUGUGCAUGGCAGGCUUUGACACUGGAGCUGGAUGAUAGAAAUGUACAGACAGAAGCCGUCUCAUUGCAUAUGUUUAAAUAGAAUAGCUUAGACUUUGUAAUUAAGGUGUAAAGCUGUAAAGUGUAAAGUAAAGUGGUCCAUAGUUUCUUGUUCAUUGAUUGUUUUGUGAUCUAAUGAGUCGACCGCAGGAUGGUCAGAUUUUAUCAAGCUGAAAGGGUGCAUAUCUCUGAAUACCGUAUCCAUAACAGACAUACUUUUAUUAAUAAAUCAAAUCUCACUCAGAAACCAGUCUGAUUAAACUGAGCUUUAACUACAGUUUGACUCCACAGUGCAUGUAAACGUCCUGAGAGUGUUUUAAAAUGAUAUGUGUCAUUUAAAGGCCCAGUGGGGGUGUAUUUUUUCAUACUGGCAGCAGGAAGCAGACACUGUGGCGGCUUACGUACAGUGUGCUGGAAAGGACAAAACAGUAUUGAAUAAAAAAAAAAGGUCAUUGAUUUCAAACCUCUGUUGCAAUGCAAUUAUCAUUAAUAUUGAAAGUACUAAUCUGAUGCCAAGACUUGAGCGAAAAAGCGUUUAAGCAACACGGACGGCAUAAGGUUUCAACCUCUGAAAUAGAAAUACCGGUUAUUGUGUGUGUUUGUAAGAUCUGAAUGGAUUAGUUAAAAAUAAACUGAGAGGUUUGGGUGUCAUUGUUAAAAUAAGUGUUAGAGUUAAUUACAGACCCUGUGCAGCUGCAGAUCAUUCAAAUAAAACAAUAAUGCGCCACAUUUUAAUGGUUGAAACUGUGAGCUCGGCAUUCAGCUGGAAAAACAAAUUGAGUGAAAUUGUUACAGCGUCCCAUGUGGCUCACUCUGCAUGUCUGUGGAGUGCUGGAGUGGGUCCCGUUUCAUUACCCAAUGAGUUCACCAUGCGUGUGUGUUGAAUUCUGGUUAAUUUCAGAGGUACAAUUACAUUUAAUUAAAGCAAAGUGUCUAUUAUCCACUUUUGUAAUAGUUUUGGUCAAAAUGAUGAAACUUAUGUGAAGACAAUAUGAUUUAUAUGUCAGCUCUAACAAAAAAAAAUAACACAAUCACUCUUCUAAUACUGACUAUUAACACAAACAAGUGUUAAUCACCAGCCAUUCACAAUGGAUUUUGAUCAGAAGAAUGGUGGAAGAAAGACGAAGGAGCAGCUUUCCACUCGAGGUAAAUCCACCAAUCCUGAAUCUGAGUUUCUCAUUUCACUUCCAGAAAAUCUGACACAGAGUUUGCUCUUUAUUCUUAAAAACAUUUACCUUUUUUUUUUCCUCUUUCUUCCAGCUCACGGUUCAUCAGGCACAGCACGGAUUCCUAACUAGCUAGCUAGUUUCAAGGACUCCUUGCCAGUAAGUUUUGUGAAAUAUACUCUAAUCUCUGUGUGAAAUCCCAAAAAACUCAAAAUAUUACACGUACCAACAAGUAUUUUAGUUUUGGCCCUCUAACAAGUACAUAUUAUGACACAUUUUCAGUCCUGAUUCAGUGAGACAGUUUAAUGCAUGGAAAAUUUGUUGCACUGUUAGCUUUGUAGUUAAUUUCAUGCACCUUGCAACCACAAAACUAUAAAUAUUAACUUCCUAAUUAUCAGAAGAAGUGUGUUUUAUCUUCUCUGUUCGGUAGUUAAGGCUAACAGAUCCCUCUUUGUUUCUGCAGACACCAGUGGAGCUAUGCUGAUAAACGGAGAGGCGCACACACUCGUCUUAAACAUCAUCUUGGAGCCCUCCAUGAUCAGUCCUGUCAAACACCACUAAAACGUUUAAAUCUCUUCAGAGUUCUGUCACUGUUUGUAUGAAUUUUUCUUUACAAAGGGGUCGCCUGAACUGCAUAUAGGGGGGUGCAAUUUGUAUUUGAUUUUUUAACCCUCUGAUGCAUGAAUUAUGAAAGCCCUGAUCAAGAUUUUUUUCAUAAGUGUUUUUAUCAUUCUCAGGACAUAAAAGAACAUGUAAAAUUGUUUUUUUUCAAAAAUGUUAUUUUUUCACAAAACUACAAAAGUGUCCAUUCAAGUGGACUAUAUGCGCCUGAGCACUCAACACAAAACAUUAUGAACUUACUUAAAAAGUACAGUACACCAAAAUAUGCCAAACUAUCUCCAACAUUGGAAACAAUAUUGUAAAUCCCCACAGUACUAUAAAGAUUCAGGACUGACAUUACCAUGCCCUUAUACGAGCAUGUUGUUUUCAACAACAAAAACUGACAUUUUAGUCUCUGCAUCUCCAAACAUGUCUCUGCUCAUCACACCUAGGAUGUAUGAAAGUUGGCAAAGCAUCCAGGGCACAGUGGCACACAGGCUUUAUAUGAGCACAGGAUUUGCUCAUAUCUGUUUACAGACAUGGCAUUUGCAAUCAUCCCUAGACGAAGGCCAUCCUCACUAGACCAGUACAUGUGUGCCCUGGGAUAACGAAUGUACCCCAUGAUCAUGUUGAUUCCUAAAAAAGUCUGCAUUUCUUCUCCUGUCACUGCCACAUUUUCUUUCCCUUUCUGGGGAGCAUACAACUUGGUGUUUUUCACUAUAUCAUCAAUGAGAUCUGCUGGAAACAGAUGUCUGGUCUAUAGGUCUAUAGGCUCUCUUCCCUCCACAUUGAAUUUCCACUCUCCUAGAAAAGGUGACAUAUCUCUAUCAAAGUGAUUGUCUUGGACUUUCCAGAUAUUUUUGCGAGCUUGAGAAUGGUCAGGUGUCAUGUGCCCAUUUUCCACAGCUCCCUGAUCAUGCUGACCUUCCCCUGCAUCCUGCCUCUCAUCAUCCUGGUCCUCAUCCACUUGACUAUAGGCAUCUACCCUUUCUGCACCCUGACUGUCUGUAUCUCCAUCAUCCUCAGCUCCUACAUGUCUAUUCUUCUCUGGCAGCCACUCUUGGUCACUGUUACACACUAAUUACACUGUAUACACUGAUUUAUAACCAGAACAGCCACAAGUAACAGUGAAGCAAUUACAUGACUCCUGUUAAAAAAAAUACUGGGUGAUGCAUGAUGUCCACUCAGUUGGACACAUGGUUAAUUGUAAUGUUCUACAUAUUGGACAUGGAAUUUUCAAUUCCAAAUGGAUAAUAUCCUUCCUUAGAUGUUACAGUAUAUCAUCAUAUUUUUUUUACAGCUGGGGUUCUUCUACUAUAGAAGUAUUGACAGGACAUGCCAGCUGUAGUCAGCAGGGGUGGCUGUUUCUCGGCCAUCUUGGAUAUGUAGGAAAUUUACUUGCAGUUACACUGAUUACUCACUAAAUGUAACUCAAUGGAGUAGGGCAGUAGAGAGCACCCUAGAGGCUGAUAUACACUUCCACCAUAGAAACCAUUGCAUUUAAGAGAAAAAGAGUUUUUGGUAGCUGUCCACUGUAGUGACCACUAUGAACCAGAGGGUUAAUAUUUAUUUUAUAUACAGUAUAUUUUUAAUAAGAGUGAAUAAAGAAAACUAAACAUGAUAUUUCUAUGUCUUAUAUAUGUGCUGCUGCUUACAUGUUUUUAUUACAUUUACAAAAAAUGUAUAACUUUUCUUAAUUUGGGAAAUCAAAUUUUUAUAUGGGGGAAUGUUAUUGGUGUAUGCUAGUGGUGUUGUUGGUGGUGGAAAAGGUAUUUUGCUCCUCUGACAUGUGACAUUUUGCAACUCUUCCUUGUCUUCAAUGUACAUGUUGGUGAAACUGGAUUAACUUUCAGUUCAAUAAAGCUAUAUUUAUGUAUUAAAUGGUCUGUUUCAGUGGAUUUCUUUGGGGUGGAACCUGCACAACAUCAAAAAUGUGGUCUUAUUUAGUCUUAAAUUUGGCUUCCUUGAAAAUGAUCAUUUUUCAGGAGUAUCAACACAUGAAAUAAGGCAGAUUACAACAAAUAUUCUUGCUUAGUUGAUAUUCAAUUCUUUUUUUAUUUUCUGAGUGUACAAAGCUUAUUGUUUUUCAAAUUAAAACAUUGGUUACAUGCAUUCUUUAACUCUUUUUAGCUGAACAAGGUGGAAGUAUUUCAUGACAAAACCGCCCAUAGUUUGAAAAAUGGUAAAAUUAAAAUCUAAAUUUAACAAUAGCCCAUGCAUAAGUCUUUUCAUUAACAAAAAAAAACAACAACAAAAAAACACGUAUAUGUAUAGAAAUUGUCUCAAUAGUUGGUUACAGAGUCAAAGGCGCCCAUCUUCGUCCAAAUUUGUCCUUGUAUCGUCUGUAUCUGCGGUCAACACCUGAUGGGAGCACGUCGCGGUCUUUUAGUCCAUUGUUCCCGUAUUCUUGAAGGUUGUUUCAAUACUUAACAUUUUUUAAAUCAAAUAAUGCCCUCUGACUUCUACGUUUCAUGGAGCGACUGUUAAACAUCGUCCUGCAGCUUUAUCCAGGUGGUGUGCAGCUCUCAGUUGAUCUUGGAGUCUGGUGUGCUGCAGCAGUGUGAGGAGAUGUUGAGCAGAGCAGCAGAGGCUCUGUUGUUUUAAUGGAGGGGUUGGUCCAGCAGAGGUAUUCACAUAUGGGACUUAUGAAACAAUAGGCCCAGUGUGGAGCCCCACACUUUGCCCCUCUGGCUGCCAGAGGUCUCUAAAUGAGGCUCCUUAAAUAGAAAAAUACUUUUUUUUUUUUCUUUUUUGGAGCUGGCGGGCAUUAGGGGUUUAAUGGUGUUUCCUGCCCUCAAAAUGGAGCACACAAGCAUGACCUCCAAGUGUAUUUGUAGACACAAAAAGCAGUAGAAUACCCUAAAUAUCUGGAAAGUCCAAGAACAAAGUUGAUCCUGGUGAAAAAGUGGUAAAGAAAAUAAAGGGCCACUUCUGGGGCCAGAUGGGAUGGUUAAGACGCGGUGAUAUGCAAACGCUGCAAUAAUUUCCUGCUGCCAUCUGGAAGUGUUUUACACCUUUUAGAUUGGGUUGGAAUGUGUGGCCUCCUCUCGUUUUUCAAGUGUUUCAAGCUCAAAAUGAAUUUCCUCUCCGGUUUUCAUAACUCAGAGCUAAUAGUUUUAUUUUGAAAGUGUCUGUGCUUUAAAUCAUUAAGUGUCAAGAAACAGCAGCGCCUCGAAGAUUUUCCCCAGAUGUGUUGAUUUGCUGGUAUGCCUCCUCUAGUCUGUGGAGCUGCGUGUUUUCCAGAGAGUCUGAAACUCUUAAAUAACACUCAAAACAUGUCAGAAAUAUGACUGACAUGAAAAUUACUAGAUUAAUUACUGGUAAGCCUGCGCAGGCAUUUGGGGAAUGUUUGCCUUUGUCAAGCAGGUUGUAUCCAUUUCUUUUCCAACUCAUCCAUCCAGACGGGACAAAAGUGAUCAGGGGAAAUACUGCAUCUCUGAAGGAUCUGUGCCCGAUCGGAAUAAAAAUGCGUAAACAGGUCAAUUGGAAGAUUCUGAUCCAAUUCAGCUCAAUCGGAAAUAAAUUGUAUUCCGAUCAAGACGGGUGGUUUAUGCCGAUCGUUAUUCUGUAACGCGUCCAUGCUAACACUUGUUCCAAUAGUGACUCUCUUACCCGACUCGAUCUUCACUCUGUAGCCUUUGGCUUAUUUAUUGAGGCCAGUUCAGGAGGUUCCGUUAUUGACACUCUGGCAUAAAACAUAACUGCAGGCGCCGUGUCUGCUCCUCGCACAGCGCAACGUUUGUCAGAACAGUAAAAUAAGUAUGCAAGGGCGCCAUCUAGUGACAAAAUUUAACAUGAGGAAAAUCCUGAUCCGUUUUUGUUGGUAUGUUGACAGCACAGGCGUAACUACAACUCUUCUUCUGUGGUUGUUUUAGCAAACUCUGACAAGUCUGCGCAUGUCCAAAUGCUUUUAAUCUGAAUAAAGCUUGGUGCACGUAUACGCACGUCAUGAUCGGAUUAUUUGAUUUUGCACUCAUAUAAACAGUGGAUUCUGAUUACCUGAUCCCUCAAAUUUUUAAUCGGGUCAAGAAAUUUUGCACAUGUAAAUAUGGCUAUUGUUAGGUUGCAUAUUUCAAAAAGUCACACUGUCAGGCCCAAAGUUAACACAAUAAUUACUAUACAGCAUUGUUUUACUGUUUUAAUUGACAUAAUCAGUAUAAACAGACCAUAAUGAUAAGGAUAUGGUCAUUGAAAAGCAGCUGCAAAUAUUGACAAAAGCAGCAAAGAAGUUUGAUUUUUAAAUGGCUGUCUACCUGGCCUGUAGGGGCGCUGCGUUUAAUAUCAGGGAGUAACACAAGUGAAUACACACUAGUAAGAUAACGAAACACUCCCUGUUAAACUGAAGACAUACAACAUGUCAUCUCAGCACUACAGAGUAUGUGAGUACGAUGGAGUAUUAGGGCCACGUUAAAGAUAAUAAUAAUAAAUUAAGACUUGGAGUUCAAAGUUGUUAAUUUAUGAAAAUAAAGUCGUAAUAAAAUAAUUACUUUGGAGAAUAAAAUCAUAAUUAUUUUAUUACGACUUUGAUCUCGUAGGUAAUGAUUUUAGUACAACUUUAUUCUAGUAAAUUAUUACUUUAUUAUGACUAGUCUUGUUAGUAAUGACUUUAUUCUCAUAAAUUAACGACUUUAAUCUCGAAGUCUUAUUUUUUUUUCUUAAUGUGACCCUGAUGUGAUGUGAGAGUGUUGCUACACAUCAUAGUAGGAUCUCUAUGAAACACUGGCCUGUAACUGUUUGGUUUGUUUUGGUUUGUUGUUGUUUAGUAUAAGAAAAGUGAGUUCUCAUUGAAGAGGAUGUUAUUGUCAUUGUCAUGUGUGUUAUUGCUUGACAGCAGCCGCACUGAUGAGGCUGCCUGCAGUGUCUGCAGACAUUAUUGGUCAGGAAUCAAUCAAUGCUGAUUAUUUCAACAUGCCAUUUAUGGACAGUGUGAUCACUUGGUUUAUAUCAGACCCUACAUGGAAAAACAGUUCUUUACUGCAUAAUGGUGCUGCAUAUAAGAGCAUGUGUUUGAAAUAAAGAGCCCUUUGUCCAGGAUCGUAAAAAAUUCACCUUCAAAGUAGUUUUCCACUUCAUCAGAGUUCAGUAGGUAGAGCAUCAGGACCAGUGAAGUUAAAGAUGUGAUAAAAUGCGAACACACAAGCCUGCAUGUGCGAGUAUAUUAGUACCAGUAAAUACUGGAGCUCUGCUUUAAGGUUAAAGACCACUGCAUCAGUAAAUGACGUGAUGACUUUAAUAGUUGUUCUUAAUUUCAUCCACUUAUUCUCAAAGUCAUACCACAGAUCAGGAGAUCUCUCCUCCUGCAGGUCAUCAUGGAAAGCCAGAGAUUAUUCUUCAACUCUCUGUGUUUCCGUCCUUGUUGAUUUCAACACCUGGUUUUUCUCUUCCAGGAAACUGAAGCUGGAGAAAGAGCUGGCUGGAAUGCUUUGGAGGAUUCGGUGGGAGGACCUUCAGUUUGAGAGCCCCAAUAAAUACCACAAACGAGCCGGCAGCCGACUCACACUCUCACAGGUAGAGAGACUUCUGAAGCGCUGAUUCAUUUAUUUGUACUGCCAGACAAAAAUGAUAAAAAUGUGCAGGUGAAAUAACAAAAAAAAAAAAAAAAACAGAGCUCUUAGGCCUCUGAGAAUUUAAAACUAAUGUCACACCUACAUAAUCUCAUAUUACAGGUUUUUUACAAGCCCACACAUCCUCUGGACCAAUCUCCUACAGUAUUUUUACUCUCAACUCAAAAAGCACAGCACGCACCAUGUGUAGAUCAUAAAAAUGGCACAAUUCAUACCAUUGUGCGCAACAUGCAUUCAUUUCAGUUUCUUUACAUGUAAUCUUAUAUAAUAUGAAUCACAUUUGUAAACGCUUAUGGCUUUUAGACAUGAAAACCUUAUGUUAAAAACCCUACAUACCAUGAAAAGCUUUAAUCUCUGCAAAAGCACAUGAAACCAACACUGAAAAACUCAAAAGCAUUUUCAUUAUACUCAUUAAAUAAAAAACAGCGUAACUACAGAUACAGGCAAACCAAGCAAGACGGAUAACAGCGUACUUUUACAUGUAAAGACUAAAUUGAUACCCUGUGUUUUGAAAAGGGUCUCUCCUUCACGGAUACAUCAGUGUAAUUUAGAUUAGGCCAAUGUUUUCACAUUAGCAUACAAAAAACUGACAAAUAAGAAACAGGUACCACAUUUGGAAGUAUGCACUCAUAAGGUGUGCAUCUACUGCAUGUUCCCAGAUCUGUGAUACUUUCCUCGGGGGCUGGGCGAUAAACCGAAUAUUUACCAAUACCAAAAUUUACCACAAUAACCGACGUCAUUUUGCCCAUAUCGGUAUAUUUGGUGACAAAUAAAUAAAUAGAUAAAAGUUGGUUUUAGAUGUGUGAGGGUAGGCUAUGGUCUCAUGUCCCUUUAAGACGCUGUCCUACGUCGUAGACUUGACUCCACCCCAUCCAGUCCGUAACAAAGAGGGAAAGACAGAUGAGGAGAUGGAGGACGGUUCAAAAGUUGUAGCGGCUGGAGCAGCGGCUGAAGUUGACAAAGUUAAUAUUGGAGGGGGUCAGCAGCUUGUGGAGUAGUUAUCAUCGAUUUAUCGUUAUCGAGGUGAACUGCUCAAUAUACCGUGAUAUUGAUUUGAGGCCAUAUCCCCCAGCCCUGCUUCCCUUUGUUGAAGAAAUCUUUGGAUACCGUUAAGUAGUCAUUGACUUUUUACUCUGUGUGUAAUUUAAAUAGUUUUACAGGUCCAGGUCCUUACAUUUCAUUGCACUCACUUUGAUGAAGAGUGGAUUUGUUGGUUCUUUGCAAGAAAAUAUAUGAUUUGAGGAGAAUAAAUCACUUAAAAAACACAAUGAAGCUGUAUAAAUUUUUGAGAAAUGUCACAAUUAUAUUUAUAUAAAGUUAAAGACUAUUUAUAUUGGAUUUUUCCUCGGUUUAAGUUGUAAUACUAUUUUACUCCAGAGAGUCUAUUAAAUGGAAAAACAUAUUUGUUAGAACUAAUUUGGAAUUAUGGCCCCACAGAGGUCUUUGGCAUUUGGACUCUACAGGGAGAGUUUUAUCCAAUCAAAGGCUGUUGGCUGGAAAUGGGAAAUAAAAGAUCCUCACUUGAGUCCAGACACUGGUGGUGGUAGUGGCCUGUGACUGUGUUAAGACCAUGAAGAAGAUUGAGAGUUGAAGCUGAUAUUUCUUUAAUAGCUGGCUGAGACAGGGAGGUGGAGGGGUAAACGUAGCAGCUGCACUCCUAUUCAAAAAGGACUCCUGGACGUCAGUGUGAAAGUUGGGGGCGAAAUGUACAUCUGCGGGAAAAAAAAGGAUUAUUUAUUACAGGAAAGAGCAGUGAGAAUUAUUCAUAAUGUAGAUUUAAGAGAAAAUCACAGACAGAUGGUUUAUGUAAGAAGAUUUAGCUGACAGAUAUUCAUAUUUAUGUCGAAGGUAAAAAGCAGAAAGUGUUGGUUUCUUUUUCAGAAGUUGAGGAACAGAUUUGUAUUUUUGCAGUUGGAGUAAAAACUGUGUAACUCUUUACAGAACAAUGUGAAACGAUGUAUGAAUGUACUUCACCUUAAGAAUAUAUAUAAGGGAGAAUAUAAGGCUUUAUAAAAUGGCAGGUAGUAUAUUAUUUAUGUGUGGAAGUUUCCUCAAAGAUACAGCGUUUAUGUCUGGUUUUUCCCUGAUGAGGGUGAAUUUCUGAAACAUGUGAAGUAGUUUUAGUUUUAUGAAAAAAUCUGGACAAAUUCCAACAAAUUAAAAUUCAAUUGGUUUUACAGAGGUGUGCCUUUUUGAAAAACUUUUUGUUUGUUUCCAAAACCAUCUCAUUCACACUGUCAUUGUUGAAGCAGGUUUUCCCUGAGUGUAUUUGAAGCAUCUUAUGUGUCCACACCCAUAAACACAAAUGUGAACUGACCCAUUUGAAUCUGUGUAAAGUGAACUUUGAGGUAGCUCAGCACAUAUAAGUUGUAAUAGGAAGCAACUGAAUCAUCAAAAUAAAUUGACGUCAUUUUGAACAGUAAAGCUCAAUCAAUACUUGAAAAACUGGACUUUUGAAUCCAGAGCUGACCAAAAUAGUAAAAAAAUGAGUGGAUUUAACCAGGUGUUGUAAGUGUGUUGGAGUUCAGGAAACAUUUUUUUUUUUGUGAACAAUUUUUUAUUCGAUUUUCAAGUUCACACAUAGCAAAAAGGAGAAAAAAAUACAAACAAAUGAAGAAAAAAAGCAUACGAAACAACAACACUCUACACAACGAAACCUAGGUCCCAAAACUUCGGUCUGAGAAAACAUUUUCAAACACUGUCAAGUUGGCAAAACGGAGUAUUUCUUCGUAUUUCUCAGUUUGAAUAUCGCCUUCUCUGUCAUUAGCACUGCUGGCUCUGCCUCUAGCGUGUGAUUAACAAGUUGUUGUUCUUUUGGCGUGUUAUGUUAUUAUGUCUGCCAGCGGGACAGACUCAACACUGGAUUUUACAGCUUCCAUUCAUACGCGGCUGAUUAUCAGUACGAGAUGUUGCUGCUUUAAAGCCGAACACACUAGGAUUAAAAAAAAAGCUGUAGUAAGAUGUUUGAAGUUCAGACCUUCACACUCACACCACCAUUUUCUUUGUAUUAAAAUGCAGCUUCUAAGAACAGCUCCAUCCCUUAGAGAGAGAGAGUGGAGAUCCUUUGUUAGUUUACACAUUCCUGAGAGCUUUCCCGAUGGUUUAUUGAAGGUGGCCGGGUUUUUGCGGUGGCAGACGCAUAUUAAAUGAUUGUUAAAAUAAGCCCUCGUCUGGCCCGGCUCCCUCCAUCCAUAAUACCUCAUCAACUUCUUUAAGUAUCAGGUUCUGUUGUCUGACGCCUAAUGCAUCUCCUCCUGGGUUGUGUUUCAUUCCACACGUGUGAGCGUUCAUGAAGAGCACAUGCACAUACACACCUUUUUCAUUACUGCUUUUCGGUCCAGUUCCUGGGAUAAUGCGUGUGUGGAACACACGGUAAUUUUCCAGACCGAUGUAUUUUCCAGUGUGCCAUGUGCUGCCAGUAUUUGCAUUCUAUACAAAUGUGUAGCUGACUGUACUGGCUGUCUGUAUGCAGCGCGCCCACUUGAUUUUUAUUCACUGUAUGUGCACUGCAGACAUUUGCCCAAGGACUCAAGCUGGUGUUAGAAAAACUAAAAACACUCUUAAGUAGAAGAGAAGGCAAUUUCAUGUAGCACAGAGAAGGUAUUUUGGAAAGGACUUUGGUGAAUGGACUCUUUUUAGGAAGCUGCGUCGUACUGGAGUAGCAGCACAGUUUAAAAUGACCACAUUUAAUCCUCUUUGCUCUAAUCUACACACUGCUAACUGCUUUUUUUUUCUUCUCAUUUCUCCUUUCCACCCUCCCAGAGAGGCUCCAGCUAUGGCUCCCUGAUAACUGCCCAUGGAAAAUAUCAGCUAUUUGCAAAAACGGGCUAUUUUAAGGUAAGGCUUAGUGAGUUCUGACAUUUUCAACUCCUGCGCACUCCUUUCCCACCCACACAUGUGCACACACUCGCAGAGAAAGCUGAGAGAGCUGGAGAGAGAAAGAAAGAGUGUGGGCGAAUUUAGGUAGUUGGUUUUAAUGUGAGCUGCAGAAUGCGUCAAUUUUCUUUUUCUAUUUUUUUUUUCCUCCUUUCUUUGUUUCUACACUCCCGCCUCGCAGUCUGGAUGUGGCCAUCAACUUGUUGCUGCGGUUAAUUUCACCGUUUAAGAUGGAGGAGGGCAGAGGAAAUGUGACACAAAGAGAGCCUGCUGAAUGAUGAGAUAGAUGUCUUUGUUUUUAGCUGUGUGAUGCAGCUUUUUUUUUACAUAAACGCUGAUGUCACGGUACACUUUGAAUGUCUCACAGUUCAUUGAAGGUAUUGAUGCUCUUCUCAAAUUCAGCACAGGCAAGAGAUGAUCAAAUCUGACACUGCAGUAGAAAGAGAGAGAGAGAGGAGAACCCCAGAAACCUGAACAUGCUGAAAAAUAACCUCUGAAUAAAAGACACCAGAAGAGGCCAAAUGUAUAUAUCUUUACUGAUAUUCCCUCUUGAUGAAAGUUGAAGCUUAUACAUGAACUGAAACAGAAAUUAAUGCUUUUUCUGUUCCAUUACGUCAUCUGUAGUUUGGAGAUAUUCAUCUUGUUUUCAAGUUUACUGAUACGCACAUCCUAGAUAAAAUUCUUCUUAGCCAGCAGACUAAACAGACCCCAAAUUAACCACUAGAUGAUAAUGUAAGAUUUUGUUCUCUCUCCUCGAUGCUGCUUGACUUCCUCUCUUCAUUUUCAUGUGAUUUAACUAUAUUAUGCUGUCUUAGACUAGCGUGCCUCUUCGCCAUGAUCUUCAAGUCUUUGUAUGAUAAGGCUGUGCAUAGACAGCACUUUACUCUGAAGUUGAUUUAUUGCUCUGUCUACUUUCCUGCUGCACACAGGGGAACCUGGUGGCCAUCAAGCACGUCAACAAGAAGAGGAUAGAGCUGACCAGACAAGUUUUACUGGAGCUCAAACAUGUAAGUGUUCAAUAAACGUCAACUUGUGAAGGGGAAGUCCAUGAUUCUGUGACAAUCGAGUCAGCUCAGUGAAAAUCAUGAAUGCAUCAUUUCAAUCCCUUAGAAAAUAAAGAUCAUUUCUUUAAGGACCAUUGUGAUACUUAAAAAAAUGGCAAAACUAUCUUUACAUUCUCAACAACUACCAUUAAAGGGAUAAUUUUGCCAUAGUGGAUUUCGGACAGCGUCGCCCCUUUUUCUGAGAAACUCCUGGCAGAAACAGGAUGCUAGGUGUGCCACUGUUUUCAGCAGACCGGGCUGACUCUGCCAUGUCUACUGAAAAAUGUAUUUUCAGUUAUUUUUUGAAGACCCUCAUGAUCACCUCAGUUUGAUUGUACUCUUUCCAUUUACUUUGCCAUCAGAAAGUCCAUUUGUUUUUGCAGACAAAACACACAGACGCCCAUUUCUGCUAAUUUCAGCCAAUACAGUGUAUGUAAUCAGGUGUAUGACGAAUGAGUCAAUGAUAUUUUGUGAAUUUGAUAUUUUUGCGUCUCAGUUUUGUAUGAUAUUAAGUACUGAAUGUGUAAGAUCAGUUGAAGUCAGCUGAGUCUCAGAACUCUAAAACGGUACAAACCUGUGAAACACAGGUUGUGUCAAAAAAACAACAACACCAGUUUACUUUAAAAGUGUGCUUCCAUUUGGCUUUUCUGGUUUUGUGAUUGAACUCCUGCAUGUUGAAGACAGCUGUGACAAACGUGGCAAUGGACUCUGGUUGGUAAUGGUUGCAGACUGCAGCAGACUCGGGUGAAUCACUGCUUUGAUUCCUGAGGAUCUAGAGGUGUUGUUACCAAGUCUAGCUCAGCACAUAAUUCCCUUAGUUGUAGUAUGUUCGCUUAGAUUUCACGGACCUGCACUGCCAGGUUACUUGGGAUCCCCCUGCUCCCUAGAGGUUUCUCUACGUUUUCCUUCAGUGGGUCCUAGCCACAGCACUAGCCACCAAACAUCUUUUUAACUUUGCCUGAUUUCUUUAGCAAAGAGACUAAACACAACUCACCUACUCUCUUCCAGCAGCCGCUUGUUUGUACAGAGACCUCCGGGCGAGUCCAUUACGGAGUGCAGCGGGGUGACACAGCUCAAGGAAGAACAUUUAUGAUCAUUUCUUCAUGGAAAUGCAAUCAGACUGAGAUGCUAAGGCAGAAGAACUACUGCGUCUGCAGUGCAAAAUGAUUAAUAAGGUGAUUAUUACUUCACGGAAAUGAUAAAGUAAUGAUCAUAAAUGAUCUUCCUUGAGCUGUGUCACCCCACUGCAGUCGAUGGACUCGCCUGGAGGUCUCCGUACAAACAAGCGGCUGCUGGAAGAGAGUAGGUGAGUUGUGUUUAGUCUCUUUGCUAAAGAAAUCAGGCAAAGAUGUUUGGUGGCUAGUGCUGUGGCUGGGACCCUAUAUGUACUGUAGAUGAAGUUAGGUGCUGUUUUGAGCAUUAUUUGUGGCUAUAGAGUGGCGUUUUGGUUGAGGUUUGUUUAUGGCUCCUCAGACCGCGGUGUAUUGCUAUCUGUGGUCGUUACUAAAGUUGGUAUAACUAGAGAAGCAAGCGGUCGGCAAUAUUCAUUUCUCAAGGGGGUGUCUAACUUGGUGUUACGGUGUGUUUGACCCUAAAUUAAUUUUACGCCAGAAUAUCCCUUUAAGGGGACCAGCUGACUGGCAUUCAUUGUGGCUGAUACACCUACUAAUGACAUGUAACUCAUACAACCCUACUUCAAAAAUACUCAAGUAUCCCUCUAGGCCUGAGGAGCAGCAGUAAAGCUUUAAAAAGAGACAAGAGCAUAUUACCCCUGUUUAUGAAGUACCUAUAAAAUGCAAUUUGAGUUUUUUCACAAGACGUUAAAUGGCUUGGCGCUGAUCUACAUGUUUAAACUUCAAGGUGAUAUUCAGAUUCUAUUAAAAGUAAUUUAACAUAUUUUUUAAUGUAGUGAAGCCUCUAUUUUACUAACAUUUUUUUCACUUGAAGUCUUGUUACCAGAGAGGUGGAAAAUCAAACUCUUGUUUUUGGCCUUCUUGUCCAUGCCAGCAGCUGUGUACUUGGACUGUUCUCUAAUACUUCCAGUGGCCUCAAUGUGAAGAGAGAGCCGUGUUUGGAGACCUUGCUGACGGUUAAAAAAAAACACACCUCCAUCUCAACAAGCUGCAUUCAGCUCAUAAUCCAUUGGUUCGGUAAAACAAACAUGAAUUGACAUUAUCGUACUUGUGAAGACUGCAGGCAAACGAGUGUCGCACAAGGUUCAGUCCUUGCAGAAAACACAUCGGUUUUCUUCCUCAGUGGGACAUUAAUCAGUUUCUCUUUUAUUGAAGGUUUAUUCUGUUUGCUGAAAGUGGCACCUGGCUUCCUGUGAGCCGGUAGAGCCGAGCCACUGCAGCUUGUUAACAGCUUAAUCUGUCUUUUCAACAUCAUAGACAGCAGCUGUUGAUGAAAAGGUCCCUUUGGCUGGGGAAUAUUUACAGGCAGGCGAUCAGUAAGCUGAAAGAGAAAAAAAAAUCCACAUAAUUUAUGUGGUUUAGUGAUGGAAACACAGUGUGGCACAGGAAAACCCUUAACUCGGAAAUUACAUGGGCGCUCAUGAGCAAGAUGGAUGCUAGCAGGGGAAGACUUUUGUCCAUUUUUUUCACUUCUCCAACUUUCUUUUUCUGUCUCAGCUCAGAAAGUUGGUCCUUUUUUGUGUGUGCGAGUUUUAGCCCGUCGGAGGAGGGCAGUUCUGGGAUGCCUCUGUGGCCCCUUGGUCAAUCUGCAGACACACAUGAGGGGGAGAGGAGAGGGGCUGCUUGCUGUCUGAGCUGGCAGCUUCUCGGAUGCCCCGGGGGCUUGAUCGGCUGUCAAACCUCAGCUCAUGAAAAAGGCAACCAGAUGGGGGAAGAGACUGGGCCUGCCAGUGGAAACUUAACCACUUGUCUUCCAGUACCUCCCCCUGUUUCCCCCCAUCUCGACUCCAACACACACCAGAGUGCGGCAGGGGAAAUUAUAUAGGCCAAAGGGUAUGCUAACAUCCCCGGAGCCGUGAAACAGGAGCGAGCGACUCCCUGUGCUUUUGGUGCGAGAGCGGCUGUCACUCACGACACCCAAAGAAGAAAAGUACGCUGUUGAAAUUACAAACACCAUUUUUAAAUGUUCCAUGCUGGCUGUCGGGAGAUUUUCCUCUUUUUUUUGGGUCACUCCUUCUGUCAGCACUUGGCUUGAACCAAAGGCAGACGUUGAACAUCUAUGGAGCUUGUUCUAUUAAAGACGCUUUUUCACACUCUCUCAUAAAAAAAAAGCCAGAAAAUGUUCUCCAAGUUUCCUCUAAAUCAGCAAACCUUAAACAUCUCUGUUUCCAUACUUCUACUAUUCAAAGUGAUUCAUGUUUUGGAAGACGUGCUGUAUCGUAAAAUCAACGUGUGCUUAUUUUCCAUGUAGAGCAGUUUUACACGUCCUGCCUGCCUGCUCUGCUCUAAUACUCCUGCUCCUACAUCCUCUCAACACCUCAACCUUUUUUUCCCCUUAUCCUCAGCACACAGGCUCAUUCAUAACCUCCAAGGGCAAUUUAUGCUCAUGCACAUGUUUCAACUGGGUGCCCUGAGCAGGAAUGCGCCUCAACAUGUAGAAAAAAACCCCCAGUGCCAACUAGCCGACUGUAAAUAGACUAUUUUGAUGAUCUGCUGGCAGCGUUAUUCUAAAAAGCUUGUUUAUACUAAUGAACCGUCAGCCCCCCCUCCCUGUCCCGUCCUGUCUUCUGUUUCCACAGGGUUUGGGAAUGUGAUGUUUGGAAAGUGUUGCACUCACAGUUGCUGUGUGUUUGUGUGGUUAUUUUCAGAUGAGAGACGUUCAGUUCAACCAUCUAACCAGGUUCAUUGGGGCCUGCAUUGACCCUCCAAACAUCUGCAUCGUCACAGAGUACUGUCCCCGAGGCAGCCUGCAGGUAACGUCUACUUUGCUUCUCUACUUGGCAGAGAAAAAUGGUGGAAAAUCAUCUUGUAUCUUUUUAAAAAUUUCUGUCAAAUCCCCCAUCUUUUCAUUUUUUUCCCCUUCACUUGGAUGUCUCAGAGUAAAAAGUAGGUUGCAAAGUUAGAAGCCUGUUUCAAAUUACUCUUUUGGAAAGUUUUGUUUCUUGGUUUGUCUGAAAAGAGAGAAAGUUGAGGGGUUCAAAACAAGUCUCAAAAACAAUCAGAGUCUCAGCAUUUCAGGAAUAGAGUCACUAAAGUGCACAAUACGUUGGUUUCUGUCAGCUGCGGUUGGCAAGUACCUGAAGAACACAUACUUAAAGGGAUAUUCCAGCAAAGAGACUAAACACAACUCACCUCCUCUCUUCCAGCAGCUGCUUGUUUGUAGCUAGACCUCAGGCCAGGCCAUUACAGACUGCAGCAGGGGGACGCAGUUAUAGGAAGUCUCUGCUAAAGAAAUCAGGCAAAGUUAAAAAGAUGUUUGGUGGCUAGUGCUGUGUCUGGGACCCUAUAUGUACUGUUGAUGAAGUUAGGUGCUGUUCUGAGCAUUAUUUGUGGCUAUAGAGUGGCGUCAGACCGCUGUGUAUUGCUAUCCUGCGGUUGUUAAUCAAGUUAGUAUAUCUAGAGAAGCAAGCGGUCGGCAACAUUCAUCUCUCGAGGGGGUGUCUAACUCAGUGUUACGGUGUGUUUGACCCUAUAUUAAUUUUACACCGGAAUAUCCCUUUAAUGAACUUUCGAGCGGAUACAAUCAACUCACAUACCAUCAUCUAUUUCCAAUGAUGUUUAGGUUUAUGAUUCAUCUGUAUCACCAGCCCUGUCACUCAAACUUCUCUGGAGAAGACAUUGCAUCAUGAAAAAAUUGUUUGUCCUGCUUUUAUUUUGAUUUUUUUUCCUGGCUCGCAUUUCUUUUGUUUAAUUUUGUGUAUUUUAAAACUGUGCUUUUAUUUUGAAGUACAACACCCCUGGUAUAUCAUAGAUCAGAAUGUUAUAAAAUAUAAAUGUUCAAUUGAUAAGUAGGUCAGGGAGGGACACGCUCUAUCUUUAUUCUUGGAUUCACUUUAAAUCUUGAAAUGUCAGUUUUAAAUGUUUUGUCAUGAAACAGCUAGCUCACAGCUGCUUCUUCAUUUCUCCGCUGUUUUAUGUCCUGUUGCAACUGGCAAUAUCUUGAUUCUUGUUGGUUUUUGUAAACUGGACAAUAAUUGUAGUCCAAUUGAUUCACCAACCAGAGCUGUUACUGUGGCUUGACUUAACUAUGUACCGACUUACUCCUGACAAGGGCCUCAUACAGCCCCUCUUUUGUUUCAAUUAAAGUUCAAGAGUGAUUAAUAUAUAAAUACAUGUGACUCAGGCACAGCCUAAUAAAUCACUGAUAGCCAUCUAAUUUUUGUUGCUGGGCAGUAAGGGUAAACAGUGCUCUCGUGGUCAGCGUCAUCACACUGUGAUUCCUGACAGUGUUUGUUCUGAUCUCUGCCUACUGAGCUCUGAAGGGCCAAGUCAUAUAUCUCCUUAUUUAGUCUACAGAGAGCUUACAUUAUGCACCCAUUUCCCUGAACAUAUUUUUCGUCUUUGUCUCACACUCUAUCUUUGUGAUAACUAAUGUUUACAAGAAGUGUGGUGUUUUAAGUCAGCUUGUUCUUGGCCCGUACUCUUUGUCCUGAAACGCCAGCAGCUUCUCGAAAGGGCUGAGCUGGAAGACUUUGGGCUCCAUCAAUCACACUUGUAGAGAGGAGACUUUUAUGUUAAACUCAUAUACUGCGCUAAAAUUUGAAUUUAGCGUUAGUUUAGCCAAACACAGGCCAAAGUAUAUCAGCCGGCUGCUCAGCCAAUACGGAUGGGCACAGCAGUUCUUUUAGAUGUAAUGAAUCACUAGAAUGAGUUCACUAAAAAGAGUUGUUCAAAAGAUUCGUUCACCAAAUCACCAUCAAUCAAUUAGCAGGAGAAGCCUGCAACUCUGACCUCCUGAACUGAUACACAGCUGAAUAGAUAGAUAGAUAGAUAGAUAGAUAGACAGAUAGAUAGAUAGAUAGAUAGAUAGAAAUACUUUAUUGAUCCCAAACUGGGAAAUUCUCUACUCUAUGAAUGUUUCAGGAUUCAGUUCAAUUCAUAGAUUCUGGGACUGGGAGAUGAGAGUGUUUGGCUGUGUUGCUUUGGCAAACAGGUUUGUAAAAAUGAACUUGUGUUUAAGUCAUGAUGUGUUUAGUGUACUGUCCUAUGGUAUGCUAUUUAUCAGGUCUGCUCGGUAAGUUGGGGUCAGUGAUUGAUUCGUUCACUGAUCGUUAAGAAGAAUUCACACUGAACAUGCACCGUUCCCUCACAAACCGCUGCAAUGAUAGGAUGCUAUAAGGUAGUUUUGUCAGACAAAAAUGAUUCCAGAGCGUGUAGUUCAAUGUGUGAUUCGUUCACCAAGUGAUUCAGGUGUCGGUGCAUGCGGUCCCUCGUUCGCCGGCUGCUGGCCUGGCAAUGCUGUUUCUCACUUCAGUUGAGCUGAAGUGUGAAAUGAACGAAUUACUUGAGGAAGUGAUUCGGUUCAGUACGUUCUCUUAAAAGAUUCGGUUCUUUUGAACGAAUCGUUCGCAUACGACACAAGACUAUCAGCCAAGUACCUUAUUGGCAAAUGUUAGAUGAAUGUGUUAUUGAAACUGCUUUAGCCUGCCUGUGUUACCUUCUCUCCCCCUGAGCUCAUGUUUUUAUUUCACCAGUGUCAUAUUUAUUAGUGCCUGCUUUGUUCUGUACCUCUGGGGUCUUUGCUGCUGCUCUCCCUGCCUCAGCCUUUAGUAUUACACAUAUGGAAGGGCAGGGAGCUCUCACCAAAGAUAACUUAUUGCUUUCUUUUCGACGAAGCUGGUCCUGGCUGAAUGGAAGAUUUAAUAUGGCUGAAUUGUUUCUGGAUGAAAGUUGUUUUUUUUUUUAAUCCCAAAAUAAUCUUGUCACCUGUCUUGGCCCUUUGAAGUUUCAAAAAUAAAGCAGAAGUAGUUUGUUUUUUCUUGUCUUCAAAUGUUUUCUGUCCCUUUUUGCAGGAUAUUUUGGAGAAUGAAAGCAUCAAUCUGGACUGGAUGUUUCGCUACUCGCUGAUCAACGACAUAGUGAAGGUAGGUGGAGGUCAGCCGCUAAACAAAGCACAAACAUAAAAAGCAGUUCAGACGUAUUGACUUAUGAGAUCUUUUCAGACAAGUGCUGUCAGAUCAGGUCACUGCUUAGAGUUAAAUUUGUUGCAUUUGUUGCCUUACAGCUCGACAGAAAAAAUAUCAGGGUUGCCAUGGUUUCAUAAGAGUUUGUAAAAAGUGAGUGAGGCAGGGAAAGAGAAUAAAACAGAGUAACAAGCACAAAAAUGUAUUUUUGGCUCAGAGCAGUGGAUGAAACUCCAGUAAAUAUUGGUGUUUUAUGGUCUAAACUAGAACAGAAACAAAAUCAUAAACUUUGCUAAAGUUUCCUUCCAGCUCAAUCAAAACUAAUCUUGGACUCAGUUUAGGAGAUUAUUUUAAAUCUGUCCUCACAAAGAGACGUUUUGUGAAGAGAGCGGCCUCUUGGAUGGAUAGGAUGUCGAGCUACAUGCAUGUUGAGGCACUCUGGCCAAAAUCUCUCCACACAGAUAGCAGCACUCUGCAGAGAAGAGGAGCUGGUGAAGCUUUGAGGGACGUUUGACUCACCAUUUCCACCAAAUAUUGAACAUAAGUACAUUCAGCCCCCUCACCAAAGGAUUUAACAGUCAUUUCCCAGACAUUCCCCACGACUGUGCCGUCCUUGAAACACAGUGUCUUUUCAAACCUUCAGCAUACAUCAACUUGUCAAAGCGGAUUAUUUCCAUAUGUCUGGAUUUGUGUGUUUUCAUGUAUGAUUUGUUCAUUAGGGGAAAAAAAAACUGACCUUAACGCUUAAUUUAACGCUCCUCUCCACCAGGGAAUGAACUAUCUCCACAACAGCUACAUCGGCUGCCAUGGAAAUCUGAAGUCAUCUAAUUGCGUGGUGGACAGCCGAUUUGUUUUGAAAAUCACGGAUUAUGGUUUGGCCAGCUUCCGUACGUCCUGCGAAAAUGACGACUCGCAUGCACUGUAUGCAAGUAAGUCUGAAUCUUUUCAUUCACAAAAAAACAUCUGCUACUGUUGUGUUUCUGACAUUAUCUGAGAGUCUCUGGCUCUGUUUGGCUCUUCAGAGAAACUUUGGACGGCUCCUGAGCUGCUCAUAUAUGACCGGCAUCCUCCUCAAGGGACUCAGAAAGGCGAUGUGUACAGUUUCGGUAUCAUACUGCAGGAAAUAGCCCUGAGGAAUGGACCUUUCUACGUGGAAGGCAUGGACCUCAGCCCCAAAGGUAAACACAACAGUCUUUUAUAGGCAUCUGAGAGGUCAGCUGACCACUGCAAGCCGAUGAAAGUAAGCAUGCAAUGAAAUACCGCAAGAAAGGAGCACCAGGGAAAGCCAAUCAAAUGGAUAAACCAGUACAAAUUGUUUUAAACUCCCAAACAAAACCAUUCCUCUUCAACAUUAUCAAGCUUCUUUUCAGACUCUAUUAUAAGAAACAAAACCAAAACAUCCCUCAAGGCUCCCUCUGGAAGAAACGGAAGUUCACAUAACAGCGACUUCAUUCAGAGGCUUUUCCUCUGCGUUCAGAAGUGGACCUUUUGUAAGGUCAGACAACUCUGACCUUUUUCUUGUGUGUCCCUGGGGCUAUGAUCACAAACAGAGAACACAUGUUGUCCAGAUGUCGGAGGCAGGUGGAGUCAGACGAAGCAGCACGUCGCAAAGCUGAGGCGAGACAACAGAGCUGCUUCUGAAAACAACCAAAGCAAAACCCCAAAGGGGACACUUUGAAAUAAGAGUAAAAGGGUAUAUAAAACACAUUUUGUCAGCAAGUAUAUGUUGUUUUUUUGGAGGCAGCUUUGUAGUUAUUGUAUUUUGGUUUAAAAAUGCUGCAUACAUUUUCAAAAAUAUCUUAAGCAUGGUUUUGCAACAUGGUAGUAGUUUCCUAUCUUGUCAUGAAUUUGGCUACAAAGGUGUCAGGAACAUACAACCUCCCUUCUCCCGAUCCUCACCAUGACGGUUACCUCCAGAAUUUAACAAAACACAAAACGCCUUGCUGCUUUUUACUAGCGAAACACAGGAACAUAAACUAAAAUUGUUUUUCAGCUCUGCCAUGAAUAGACUUCUCGACAACUGAGAGUAGACUCCAGCUUUGUCUGGAUGAGAGUGCCCAGUGCAGCUCAUGCACUAAGACUGAAGAGAUGCUGACAGUUGAUGCAGAACUGGAGGAAACAGCACAAAUAUGGGUGUUUCAUGCACCGCUAGUGCAGUAUGCUUUGUGAGUUACACUUUGAGACAGAGCAGAUAAUGAGGCAAAUGUUGCCUGACCUUUGGUUUUAUCAGCUGCAAUCCAUUCUUGGUGAACCCCCCUCAGAGUGUACAUUAAGAAAGAUUCUGGUCCAGGACAUCAGAAGGCAUAAUAUAGCCUUUAAAGACCAGCUCCAGGAUUUUUAUCAAUCAUGGAUUCUAGGAGUAUAGCCAGUUUUUAAGGCUUUCUUUAUGGCCAACUAUUUUCAGUUGAAGUCAUCCAGCCAAGACUUCCAUUUCUCCACAUUUCUUUCAUUAACAGUAUAGCAAGCAGCCUUUGAAUAGAGAAUGUAGAUGUAGUUCAGAUAGAUAUUUGCCUCUGUCAGAUUUCAUAUUGGUUUAUGGUGUGUUAUUUACUUUCCUGUAACAUUUCACCUUCAACAUGAGGCAUCAUGGUGGACCAAGUAGUCCAACUGAUAUGCUGGCAUUAGAGGUUGUAACAGAGGCCUUAGAGACCAGAUCAGUCAGUGCGUUGACAUGUACAGUAAAGUUGAGCUAUGAUGAUAGCUUGACUAGGCAAUUUAACUACACAUCUGUCUUUGUCCUAAUGUAUACAAGUAUACAAGAGGCUAAUGGGCUAUAAGCUGCACCUUGAGAACAUGGACAAUUUUGCAGCCUUGUACCUCUGUAUGUUCGAUACGAUAGCUUCUUCUUUUUAGUGUCCCUACUCCUUCCUCUGUUGACGUUUUGUUUACUUUUUAUUUAUGCCAUUUGACUUUCAGGUCAAAGCCUGGCAUGCAGACUGUGCAGCAUGUUCAGAACACUUUGGCCAUUUUGGAUUUGUCUAAGGUGCAUAUAUGUAUGAAAACAACAAUAGUCACUUACUUAUCCAGAUGUGUAACAGCAGUUUAACUAAUGCGUCUACAUGCAUUUUUUAAGUCUAUUCUUAUUUGUGCUUGCACAGUAAAUCAAUUUUAAAAUGAAGUGACUGUGAGCCUGCAAAACAGAGGGCAGAAUAGCAGCAUGUAUGUGUGCAAGCUUGAAUCUCUGUAUAUACAGGACUUCAACUGUGUGCCUAGCUCUUAUGUUUGCACAAUACUGUAAUGUGAAAUCUCUCACUGGGAUAUCGGUAUUGUGUAGUUUGUCGGUCAAAGACAAAGUACAAAGGUUCAUAAUGGCAUUGUUGUGCACUUGCAUUGAAAAGGGCUGGAUGCCUUCAUGGAGUGGCAUAAUGGUGGACUGCAGAUUGAUUUUUCUGUUCUCAUUGUCUUAUUACAGCUGAAGCCUGCUGAAAUUCUGGUGUAAGACUUCAGAUGAUAUAUUUUUUUUAUGUUGGAAACACAAUACAGAUUAUAAGAGCACCAGUGGAUGACUUCAAUUGUUGACCACUAAACUGGCUCAGAAUGGGAUUGAAAGUGACCAAAGAUAUCGAGGAAAUGGUCCUUUCCUUUUGUUCAAUCAGAAACAUCUGUAGCGUAUCUUUUUCAAAGCCGCCAGACUCCAUUUACCAACAGACUGAUUUUUACUCCGCAGAAGCUGGAGCAGCUGCUCGCUUUUGCCAGUUUUUUGUUUUUGUGACUUCAGUGUUUUGAUGGUAAGUUGGGGUCCAACUCAGACUUUCUCUAACACACAAAAACAAAAAAGAAACUUCAGGCUGUGAGUGACCAGCAACCCCUGCAUUUGGCAAAGUAUAAUUACUGUUUUCGUCAGUGGAGUCUGGUGGCCUUGAAGAGAGAAGUAUAACGGCUGUCUCUGGUGUCACAAAAAAGAAAUCUUCUGUUAGGAUGUUUUUUCCCUGGAGUUUCUGGACAGUUUUGACAAGAGUUAAACUGAGUUUGUCGACGAGAAAACCAAGCUCUUCUGGUAGACUGCACUUUGACCUCUUGUGUUACUGAAUGGUAUACAAUAACACAGUUUUGCAACAUCUUGGUUUGGGAAUUAAUCUGGGGGAUUCCAAAACUGCUCAAAAAGUGACAAACACUUAAACCUGCAAAACACAAGGUGAUACUCUACCAAACCCUGACACAAUGAAGGAUGCUGCAGUCUUAAGGUCCUUACACACCAGGCGCAAAUUCGCCAGGCAAAUUAUUCCCCUUUAUUUUUUCCCUUUUUAUUUUUAAAACAGCAUAAAGUCAAUGCAAGCUUCUACACCGGCUGCGAUUUUUCCGCGGGGCGAAAAGCGUCUUUUAUUUUUUCGCUCUUGUGUCGAAUUUUUCGGAGAUUUGCAGGCGAAUAUCUGGACCUGCUAGACCUCUGGCCAAUCAAAAGUCAUGUUGUUGAUGACGUUACAGACCCAUGCGGCUGCAGUUCACACGACACACACCACUGGCACCAAGAGCAAUGAUGGGAGAGAGGCUGGUAAUUCGCUUUGCAAAAUUUGUACGCAUAUUCGCUUUGUGCCCAGUGUGUAUAGGCAAAAGCGAUUUUUCGGACCGGCGAAUAUUUUCGCAUUUUCAUCUCGCUUUUUCGCUUCGCUCCACAAAUUCGCUGGUGUGUAAGGACCUCUAGAUCAAGAGCACACUGACUUCUUAAGAAAACCACAGUUUUCUGCAUUGACACAUAUGUAAAUCAUGAGUAUAAUUCAUUAAGUUUGUGUAAAAGGUCGAUUGAGAAGGCAAAUUAGCAUUUGCUGCACAAUCCACUGAAGGAUAGAUUCAGAUUUUUCAAAUUAAAAUAAUAAUUACAUGACCUUAUGCUGAUUAGUCUCUUUAAUUAUUCUGCUUUCCUUGGCUUUGAAGGGAUCUUCUCUCUAAAGCCAUUUCACUGUAAGUGAUGGGGAAUUAAGUCCGCAGUCGUCUUUCUGUGGAUUAUUUCAAUUAAUUUCAAAGGUCAACUCAAGCCUCAGAAGUCUGAGUCAGACAAUUCAACACCGCUAGCUUCUACAGUUUCACGGUAUUUAGUCCAAAAUUUCCUCUUUUUGUCAGGAUCCCUCCUCUGCAGUGAAAACAGUCAUAGGUUACACAAGGAUAUUUGGUACUGAAGAGAUAGUAACCUUGAGAGAUAUCCACUUGAUUUGGUGUGACUCAGACUGUUGUAGCCUCACAGGACUUUAGCGAGAACUCUGGAGUAAAAUUUAUUUUUCAGAAACACAUGUUGAGCAGUGAUUUUGUUCUUCCACAUGACUCAUUUCAGGGAGGUUUUUAUGCAAGCAAGCCAUCACAAAACCUGUCAGCUAUCGCCUGACAUUGAUAAAUGUCUCUGAAAAUGAUGGCCAGAUUCUUAGUAUCUCUAGCAAUCAACAAUAAACUAACCUUCAGCCAAGACUCCUUUUCUUCAACGUCUGAACGCCAAAGGAGGCCUGUGGCUGAAAUACAUUCAUUACUGUAGGUUGUAAAUCUCUGAUUGGAUAAGUAAAAGGACAUUCAGUGAGCUGAAUUUUCCAGGUUUUCUGUGUUUUUCACGUUUGUGCACCUGAAGGGAGUUGAGACCAUAUAAAACAUGGACAUAGUCUCCAUGAGCUGGGGUUGAGGCAGGCCUUUAGAAAUUUACAGGUGAUCCAGCAUUCAUCAACAUUUUAGUAGCACUGUUUGUAGCUAUAAACUAAAUCUACACCUGGCUUUAACCUGUGUAAGUGAAAAACAAUCUAAAAUAUUGCCUGUUAUGGUCAGAAAUCACUAUUUUAAUUCACAUUUGCACCUAAGAGUACAUUUUAUUCUGCUUUUUUCUCUCUUAUUUUCUCUGUUCUGUGAACGUCGGUCCACUGGAAACACACAUGCACACUAUAAAUGAUUUUUAUUUGCUAUUCAUGGGUGGAGAUUCAUGCUGAUUGCUGGAUAGCAGGAUCACGCUGUCACAUUAUGAUUAAUUGGCAUUCAUGAACUUACACACAUGCUUGCGAUUACACCAGAAUCUUCAGUCUGGUUCAUGAAUCUGGUGUGAGAUUCAAGUACUGAGAACUUCAAUGUGUAAAACUACAUAUAAAUUUACUAACGUUUCACAAAUAGGACUCGUGUUCGGGGAGAAAUAUGUGCUAUUCAUACAAAAAUGAGAUAUAUAUUGUAUAUCUGCAAACGUGUUUACUUUAGCUCUGAAGAGAAGCUUUUUUGAAUGGGUGUGUAUGUGGCUUAUAAGCCUUCUAGAGCCUGCCCCAAAUGGACAGUUGAAGAAUUGCAGUUUUUUGCACUUCUGCGUCAGGUUAAUUUCUAAAGCCAGGUGUUUGCUGCUUAGUUUAUACAAACUGUUUGUUCCAUACAAGCCAAAGACUGUUGCUACUGAAAAUCCAGAUCCUAGACCACAUGUUUAGAGGUUUUUUUUCUCCAAUCACAUAUGUAGAAUCUGUGAAAACAGACUGUGUUCGAGCCAGUAUGACACAGCUGUUGUGAAAAUCUGGAUCUUUUACUUGGCGGCAGCUUUUCCUCUCACUGGAGAACUCGCACACUGCUGUUCUUCCUCAGUUAACAAACACUUCUCUGAGUCUAAUCACUGCUGACAAUUUAGCUCCUCAGCUUCCUGCACACAUGUUGCGGUUUGACCAGUUUCUUCACUGUCGUUGACGUUCACCCCCAAUACUGCUGCUGCUCAGUGGCAGGAGGAAAAACUUCUGAAGCCGUUUCCAGAUCAAGAGUUCAACUCGAAGACAUAAAGUGGAUGUGUGAAGCCUCCUGUGUGCGUCCUCCAUGUGAUUACUUUCAUUAGCCUUUUAUUUACUUUCACGCUCCACGCUGAUGGUACAAGUGCCUGAUAUUUAUCCAUUAACAGUCUGAGAGCUGCGACAGCUGCCACCUGUUCCCCAGUGUCUGACUGUGUUAAAAAUAGAGAUUAAUCAGUGUUUCACAGCACAAUCUUUUAAUUACUUCAAUUGGUCUUUUAACGACGAUUAUGAUAACAGAGAGUAUGUGGAGGAAUCAUUUAGAAAAAAAGGUAACGCUUUCUUUUACAAUACACUUAUUACCAGGUAAUUAACAGGUAAUUACCUAGUAACAACAUGAAAUUAUCUGGUAAUUACAUGAUAACUACUUAGUCAAUACGGUCUAGUUUUUCUUUUUUCCAUGCAGCUCCAUUUUCAAAAGCUAUUUGGGGUUCUUAUUUUCUACGAUUGACACUAGAUACAGCCUAUCGGCGUGCAAAGUUUGCGUAGUGAUACGCUGUUUGAGCCGAGCGUUAUCACAGCGACUCACCCGCCGAAUGCGUACAAUGCUACUGCGCAAGUGGUGGUUCCAGGAAGUGGAGAAAAUCCUGGAAAUACCAGAGCAAUUCGGCUUCAAAUUUGUAUGAUAAUGGAAGGUUACCUACCUGGUAGCUAGACAGUAUUAACUUAGUAGUUAUCAUGUAAUUACCAGAUAAUUUCAUGUUAUUACUAGGUAAUUACCUGUUAAUUACCUGGUAAUAAGUGUACCAUAAAAGAAAGGGUUACCGAAAAAAUGUUUCACACAAUUCUGAAAUGAGGGAUUGAUGGACCAAACAAGACAGAUAAACAAUCAGGAUCUAGCAAGGAGUAAGUUCAGGCAGGCUAAAAAUCAGACUCAGCUGACAAGUGAUUGUGAAUGCCACCUCAGCUACAGGCCCUCCUUUUUCUGUCUGAUUUUACCAGUGGCAUAAUUAUUGACUUUUGGGGUCUUUGCUGCUGCUCUCCCUCCCCUAUAUGCAUGUGAAAGGGUAGGAAGCCCUCCAAAUAUAACUCUUAAAACAUGGAGUUGCAGUGAUUUUUCUAAGCUUUGAGUGUAGCCAAAGACUGAUGAAAUGACCGAUCCACUGGCUGCACAAAAGAAUGAUGUUUAUGACUGUAAUCCUAUUUGAGAAAACUUUAUUUGAUGAGUAUUUACGCACCACACUCAUCCAUUCUUCUGUCCUCUUUGCUGCAGAAAUCGUCCAGAAGGUGAGGAACGGUCAGAAGCCGUACUUUCGGCCAACCACAGACAACAGAUGUCAUUCAGAGGAGCUGACCAUCCUGAUGGAGGGCUGCUGGGCUGAGGACCCCACAGAGAGGCCAGACUUCGGUCACAUCAAGAUCUACGUGGCCAAACUCAACAAGUGAGUUCCAAAUUUCAGAUUUCUUUUUUCAGACUCUGUCUGUCUGACGGCUGGGAAGGUUACCAAAAAAACACCUCGAAGAUACGGAUUGAUGAAUUAAACACAAAAGGACUUUCUGCUGCUAUAUAUUUGGCACAUCUUUUGCAAAUUGCAGCCCUGUUAUUCACCUUUGAACUUGUGAAAUAUCAGCAAAGAUGAUGCCAUUUUUACUCGUCAGCUGUUGCUGCUUUGCUUCAUAGUCUCUUCACUAACGGCGAAUGCAUACCACUGCCUCUAUGUCAGAAUGUGUAGACGUAUCGAUGAGAAUAUAAGAAUAUGAAAGCACCUUUUAUCAUAUUAAUCAGAUAAAAGUCUACUAUUGAAAUAUAAAAAGACAAUAAAAAAUUAUUAUUAUUGGCAGAUUGACACUAUUUGUGCAUGCCUAAAAAUAGUUCUUUGUAGUCUUUGCAGGAAUCAAAACACUAUUGAAGUAUUUUCUAUUCAUUUCCACUCUCAUGACUGUCACUCAGAGCUAAUUUCACAAAUUGAAAUCAACAGUCUUGUCUUUGCCACACUUUGAGUCUCAAACCUCCAAAGCUCAAAAUGAGAACAUCUUGUAGAGAAGCUGUCCUCCCUCUGUGAGUGUCGCAUGUUUAUUCCUGUAAGAGAUUCAGGAAAACAAACAGCUCAAAGAAUCAUGUUUUGGAAAUCAAGUGGACAAUUUAAGAUAAAAGGCUGUUUGUAAUUCCUGACAGGACAGGAAGUGCUCUGUGCUGCCUCCUCAUCCCUGACUCUCUCUCUCUAUGUCAGUGUGUGUGUGUAAGACAGGGGGGUGUGUGAGUCCAUGUUUCUGGUGUUGUUUUCAGUGAUCCCAUGAAUCAUUCAUAUGCAUAUUUCAAGUCUUAGUUUUAUGUCCAGGCAGGAAGAGAAACACACAAGUUUUCCCAGCUCUGGCAGCUCUGUCAGAAAGAGUUACUGUAUAAACCAUCUGUGCUGAUUCGAUCUGACACACACAGACACACACAGGCACACACAGACACACACAGAAAUACACAAUUCAUGGUUGUUAACGUAAAUGACAACAUUUUUAUUAUUUAAUGUGAACUUCAGUUUCAAAUAUAAAAUCCUCUAUUCCCAAAGAAAGUUCUCUUUAAGUAAUCAAGUAUUUUUUCUAUUUCAAUGUAACAAAUCUCUGCACUGGCCUAUUAGGUUUAACUCAAAUACCUCAAACUUUUGAUUUGAGUCUAUUUUGGCGCCUCCUGCAGACGACACCAUGAAACUGUCUCCACACACCAAGCGCGAGUAAAAUCAUUUGCGCGAAUGAAUUGCAUGUUAAGUCAAUGUGAAGAUGCAAUAAGACACUCCUGCUACUCUGGCGGCCCGAAUGAGACAAAUUGGGUGGAAGCUGAAUAUGUCGGAUUUCCUGGUAAAUUGAAAAAAACCCUUUUCUAUCUCUUGAUCCCACCGGUGGAAUUGGCAGGGACUACUGUUGAAAUUACCGUUGACACGCGAAUGAAGCGAGUAAAUACUAUUCAUUCACGCGUCUAGAUUCGCGCGAAUUAAGCAAGUAGAUGAUUUUACUCACGCUUGGUGUGGGUGCCCCAUUAGCUGAUCUCAUCCUCUGCCUGCUUACUAUGAAGUAAAAUAAGUCUCUAAUUUUCAUAAUAUUUGACGGUUGAAUCAUUCAUUAUGAAUAUUCUAUGUGAAAACUCUUAAAAAAGGAAUGCUUUCUCAGCUGAUUCGCUGACACCUACCCCCCUGGCACUGUUUUCAGAGUUAAAAGAAGAUCGGUACAAAAAUCGUUAAACUAUUUGUGAUUGAUCUGGUGUGCUUUUCUGUAUCCUAAAGUUAAUUAUAGUCUGUUCUAUAACCAGCACAAAAAAAAACAAAAAAAAACUUAUAGGAGCUUUAAAAUGACAUCUAUUCACAUGUAAGGAAGCCUGAAGUGGAAAUGCAUCUUUGUAUUUCCCUUGUCCUCCCCCCUAAUGAAGAGUUGCAUACCUGAUGUUUUGGGACUUUUGCAAUUCCAUUAACGUUUAAAUUAUGAUCAUUUUCAGCUGAAUGUGUUUCUCUACACUUUUCAAAAUAUUCUCACACAGUGGUGAUCCACCGCGGUCUGUCAUUUAACAGGGUCAGUCACCGAGCAGCAGUUUGUCCUGCAGGAAGAGGAGAUAGAAGCUUCAAAUGAUUUUCUCUUGUCAGCUAAAAAAAAAGGAAAAAAACAAACAAAAAAGAAGAUGCACAAUGAUGGAAGACAAGCAAGUUCAAAUGCAAAAAAAAAAAAAGCAAACUUUCACACCCUGAGCAACAUUUCCAUCAGUGAGGAUGCUUUUCUACAAGAGAGGGUUUCAUAACCAUGGCUUUAGUUGCAGCAUAUUGCCAAAAAGAACAAAAUUUAUACCUCUGAGAGUGUUUCUUAAAGAUCUCAGGGGUUCGUUCAGACAUGUUGACCUUUAAUUUAAGUGUUAGAGGGUUAAGGAUUUAAAGCACGGUGCAUUAGUGAAUGCUGUUUCUAGCAGCCAGUGUUGUGUUUUGCCUGCCAGGUGCAGUCAGCCUGUCCGGUGAGUUUUGACAAGCAGAUCAAAACACGGCUCACGGUUCAUUACACUGAAUGGCAACUUGGCGCUUUCUGCCUCUGACACGGUCGUGUUUUGUGGUGUCUGGCUUAUCUUAAGACGCAGUUAUACUUGUGUGGUGCCUCUGGUAAAAUAACAGAUCCCAGCUCAGUGCUGAUUUUGAUCUGGGCAGAUGUGUCACGCUCAAUCAGGCUGUGCUUGUUAUGUGUGCAUUAUUUAAUUCACUCUGUGAUAUUGAGUGAUGGUGGGGAGGUGUUCCUCGUCUGGCUGCUGAACGGGACGCUCAUGCAAUCAACAGCUAGAGUAAUCACGCAGACGUUUCUUCAUUCACUCUAAUAGAGGGAGGCAAUCACUGUAAGCAGGAUGUUUGCAGUGGGAAGGACUCAGCGGAUGUGUGUUAUUGAAAAGGACAUAAUCACCGACUCCUCCUUCACCCUGCAUGAUGUUGUCCUCACCAUCAACAUUUUUCACAGGCAAUCAGAAGUUGCAGAAGGUUACACAAGCUGUGUGCUCUCCAUAUGACUCCUCCUUGGCCAGAUUAGCUCUGACAUGAGAUUAUAUUGAUCAGGUGGGAUUCAUCAUUGUUGCAGCCUUGACAUAACCCUUCAGCUACUAAGUACACGCGUUAUUGGUCAUGUAUGAUUGUCAACAAAGAGAUAAUGCAUGGUUGAUUUCAUCCAAAAUAGCUGGAACUCAAUUGUUAUUGAAGAUGAGCAUCAUUUUGACUUCAUAAUAAACUGGAUGAUUCAAUUAUUUUCCAGUCUCUAGGAAAAAACUGCUCAAUGAGUCAUCCUUGAUUACAGCUGCUUUAUUUUUUUGCUGUACUUUUCCUUUAUCAAGUAUCUUGGAGGAUGAUUCCUAAAUUCAUGCACCAAAGAAAACUGUGUGGUCGAAACUGUGUUCUUGUUCAGAGACUGUAUUCUACUCUCACUGGGUCGUGAAGGAUUCCCAUGUCUGAUGUAUAUUUGGUGAUUUAGAUGAGCGGACUCUUAGACUGCAGAAUAAAACAUUGUUUAACAUUUGUGUUUGGUUGUAAAAAAAAAAUAGGGAGGAAUGAUGAAGUUAAAAAAAGAAGGAGGCCCCCCUGUAAAGAAGAGGGACUCUUCUAAAGAGGCUGAUAUCUCUCUCCAUGUUUUUGUAUGGUAGCACAGACAUGCUAGUAAUAGACGUGUUUUUGCAAAAGAACUUGUUUUGAUCGAUGUUUUUGAUAGAAUUUUUUGACCCCUAUAUCAGAGGGGUUGCUGUCCUUGAAGGCCACCAUCACUUAUAGGAUUUCACUCAUGGGAGAGGGGGAGCACACUGUCCCUUUAAAAUCAGCCCGAUUAGAUGUUACACUUCACACAGAACAGAGUCAAUUCUGUUGUUUUUCCCUCUUAGUUCAUAUCUCGUCGUCUUUAUCUGCAUAUAUUUUUUCUUGAUGUGCAUAUAUACAAAUUGUUGAACCUUGCUUUUGUUGUUUAUUAUGAUAAGGUACAGUCCUAGGAUUGAAUGCUUUUAUUGGGAAACAUACAUCUACCCUGGUGUCUUUUGGUUGCCUAUAUAUUUCUGCUUUAGCCAUGUUAUAAUAACACAUCAUGGUUGUGUAAUACAGUGUAAUAUGGAGGUAAUAAAAGUGAAGGAGACAAAAUGCUUUAAAGCUAUAUGUAUACUUUCUUUAAUUCAAAGUGAGUGUGAAACAUGGUGCCCAUCUCUCUGAAGAUUUCAUCGCCCUUGUGUUUUUCUGGGUGAGCAUUUACCAUCUUUGUCAGCGUCACACACCUGCUCGUUCACGAGCCACAGUGUUAUGAAACCAGAUCCAUUAGACUGCUGCUGCUUUUCUUUGUGCCUCUCUGGUGUGAGGUGACUGCUCGGCCUUGAACCCUGAGAAAAAAAACAAUAAUCCUACAGAGAUAUAACAAGAAUAUCUGUAAAUAUCUUCUUUUGUUAAGUUCCCACCGAGUCUUGGAUAUGAUACUUCUAAGAUAGGAUUUGUAAGACAGCUACAUAAAACUUUAAAUUUGUUGAUUUUGUGGAGUAGGAAUAAAAAAUCACGUGGUUUGAGUGUGCGCAUCCUCUCGGCCUGACCUCUCCUCUGUUCACUCUGUAAGUCAGGAUAAGCCCAGUGAUGUAUGGCUUUCCAUUUGUAGAAGCUCGAACUAGAGAGCUCUACAUGAUUGACAUCUCCAGGAGCACUCAAGGAUGCUCUCAGCAGCCGAAUGCAAAACCCCUCCUCGUGUUUCUUAAGCCCUUCCCCAAAGAGGCCUGCACGUUAAUGUACUGUUUGUCGGUUAUUUUCAUUAAGUAAAUGUAUGUUGUUGACAUGCUGUGAUUGAUGGGCUGUUAUUUUUGGUGUGUGUGUGUGUAAGGCUAAGCCUGAAGGGCGCUGUAACAAGAGGGGUGUUCAGCUGUAAACAGGUCAGUUUAAGACACGUAUAGAGGGCUGACACUUCCAAUACGGCACGUGAAUCCCUCGGUGUUAGUCAUCUCUGACUUUUUAUGUAUUUUUUUGAUUCCUUCUGCACUGAUUUUUCUCUCAAGGGCAUCAGUCCAAAGAUCUGAAAAAAACUCUGCAAACAUAUGCUGGGAUGUUUUAUAAACAAGAAAGCAAGACUGUACAGCCCUCAGCAUUUGUCUUUUAAAUAGCAGGGAGUGUUUUUAAUUUUUAAUCAGCGUCUGGAUUCAGCAUUCAAACACACAGCGAUAGACAAUCCUCUUAAUGACGGCCAUGUGUCCUUAAACUGUCCUGUCAGGCUUUUUCCACUGACUCACACUCAUGAGUUUUGGUUAUUCAAAAUUGAUCAUAAUCCAUGAAGCUCUGCAAAGUCAUUUCCAGGUGAAACUCUUUGACGGUUGGCUGGAUCACUCUUAUAUUUCCUAACUGGAUGUAUUGUCUACAUCUGCCCAUCGUUGCAUAAUGCACACAAGACCUUUGGCGCAUUUAGUUCAGUAAGAAAUUUUAUAGUAUCUGUGACAAACUGUCUUGCCAAGAACUUAAAAGAAGAGGGUAAAAUUCAUGCAUUGUUAUUUAAGUUCAGUUAUUGCCUGGUUUUGUGGUGUACUUGGAGGGGUGGCCAACAGCAGGGUGUUAGUAGUGUCAACAGGUGCCUUCUGGAUGGUCCUCCAAUGCUUAAGUGACCUCUGGGUGCUCUUCCAAUAUACAAACUGUAAACUAAGUGACCUCUGGAUGCUAUUCCUGUAUGUAAACAAUUGUAAAAAAAGUUCCCAUCUGACGCCUAUUUGUGCUCUCUGAACACUAUUUUAACCGUGUUGUAAAAUGUCACAAUGCACCCCUUUAGGGUGAUUUUUCAAUGGACAUAAUAGGAAAAGUGAUGUGGUUUAUAUUUUUCAAUCUUUUUCUCUUUUUUAUACUUGUCUUUUAAACUGUGUUUCUCUUGAACUGCUCUUUCUAUUUUACACUAGUUCUUUUAUCUUUAUUUGUUUUUGUACCCAGUAUGUGUGAAUAAGUAUGUUGUGUGUACUGCUGCUGUCGACAAUUUUAAUGUCCUCACUGAGGAAUGAAUAAGAGAAUAUCUAAUCUAAUCUAAUCUAAUCUAAUUCAUAUGGUGCUUUGCUUGUCUUAUGAACUACUCAAAGCACUUUUAAACUACUUUUCACGUUCAUGUUGUAGCUCAAAAAAAUCUCUUAUAUGAGCUUUAAUCUUCUUCUUUGCAUUUAUUUCCUUAACUUCUUUCUUAUGCAGCUGUCUCUCAUUUUUAUUCCUCUCUAUUCCUAUAUAUAUUUUAUCUUUGUUGUUUAUUUGCUAUAACAUGACUGCUUUUUGUAUUUUUUGUACCCCCUGUUCAGUUUUUCCACAUUCACUUUUAUACAUUACUUGUACCAUUUUCUGUUUUCUCUCUGUUGUGUUUUUUUUUAUGCGUACAUAACUUCUACCCUCGUAGUUUAACCUCAUAUUGACUGGACCUUCCUUUUUUCUUGCCGUGUCUGGCCUUGUGUGUUUUGGGUUCUCGUGUUGCCUGCUGUGUUUUGUCAUUUGCUCGUUUGUCGGGGAACUUUGUAAGCUGCUGUUUUUAAAGCAUGCUAUAAAAAAUAGAUGUUUAUUACCAUAACUUAAACAUCUAAUCAUACAGACUGGUGCUAACAGUGUGGAUGAGUGGUGUGAUUAUAUUGCUGUGAUGCAUGGUGCGGUAAACAGUGCACGGCUUGUGUGAUUGCCUUCAGCGUGCUAAUACUCAUCACUGUGUUUCAUGUCUCCCUCUGAUGUUUAGCUCUUUAAACUUAAACAACAUGUGGGCGUGUGUAGGAUCUGUGACCCACAAGGAACAUGGCAGGAUGCCAGGCAUUGAUGCUUUUAGACGCCACGGUGGUGUGGAUGACUCACCUUCUCGCUCUGUCGGAGUAAAUGUGUGUACGAAUGUGUGUGUGUGUGUGAAAGCGAAGAUCUCCUGAGACACACACAUUAUGCAAUAGAUGUAUUAUAUAAUUUUAAGAAUAUAAGUGAAAUGUGAGGAUCACAGCGGCUGAGACAUAAAUAGAGACCUUUGAGAUGAUGUUUCGAGUGUCUGUUUCUCCUUCAUGUUGGACUGUGACAGCUGCUGAGUGUUUAUAAGAUAGAUUCUGCAUACAUGCAAAAAUUAAGCAUAACCAUCCUGCCUUAUUCUUGGAAAAAUGGAUCAGAAAUAUUCGUCAUGUCUUUUCCUGGUAUACCUCUGCUUUCUUGGAUGUGGCUGCUAUUGAUCCCGGGUGGCUGCGUUCAAGGAGAAGCAGCAAAUCAAAGACUCUGUGAGGCUUUUGAAUGAUUUGAUUUUUACCUCCUUUAAGCUGCAUUUAUUUAACCUUUUCAGUCCACUGCAGUAAUCAUUUAGAGUAUAGAGAAACACGCUGAGAUGAGGGGUUCCACAAGGGUCAGUCCUUGGACUUGUUCUUUUUUUGACAUCCACAGUUUGUCUUUAUUUGCAUUUUCAAUCCAAAUGUAUUUAAAGUGAUGAAAAAUAUGAACCUUUUUCUGGUAGUUAAAAUAAUUGGAUGAACUGGUUCAUAAAGAAGACAUUUAUGUGCAGGUGACCAAUAAUGUAAAGAGGAAUGACACCAGUUUUACAAAUCAAAGGGCUGUAACAAAAGUUUCACACGUAAAAAAGUUCAUAGAAAAUGUUUCGGUAACAUUUUACAAUAACCAUAACUCCAUAGACCAUUUAUAAAUGGUAAGCAGAUAGUUUAUUAAUAUUUAAUCAUCAUUUAUAAAUAGCAUAUAGACCAUUAAUACAUUUUAAAUUUCACAAUUUUAAAACCUAACCCUAACUCUAACUUUACAAUAACCAUCUACGUAAUGUUUAUAGAUGGUUUAAAAACCAAAUAUUAACCAUGAUGAAUAACCAAAUUAUUCAUCAUUUCAUUGCUUGUUAAUGGUAAAGUAACUAUUAACUUCCAUUAACAAAGUAUCUAUUUGCCAUUUAUAAUUGGUCUAUAUGCUGUUUUUAAAUGAUGAUUAAACAUUAAUAAACUACUUACAUUUAUAAAUUAUGGUUUUUGUAAAGUGUUACCAAUGUUUUGCUGCUCCAGAGAAACUGCUUGAUGUCUGAUGAUUGAUGUAAAGUAAAGACAGAUGGAUGACACCAAAGCCCCAAAUCUUGUUCUACUGGAGUAAACCACAAUGUUUCAAUACAAAGUGUUGAAGCUUGUCUCAAACACGGAGAGCCACGUCACCGGUGCUGUCCAAAGCUUUGAAUGUCACUGGUGCAUCAAAACGCUUAUCUUCAUCUUGAUAGCAUUGGAAGCUUCUGAGUUUCACUGUCUAAAUGAUUAAAAGAGAUUAAAUAUGAACUGAAAACAACUGAGCGUUGCUCCGAAGAAAGGCAUCAUUGUUCAGUCUGCAACUGAUACCAAGUAAGAUAGUAAUAUGAGUAAUUAGCUAUCUCUAUCAUAAAAAGUCUUUAGCAACCUCUUUGCUCCAAAACAUUAUUGUUUCAUGAGUCUUAGAAAUCAGAAAUCAUGUCAAAAGCAGUAGGUAGACCUUUACUUUAAGCUAACUUGCAUCUGUUAAGGUAAUCAAUUAAUGCAACCAUACAACUACGGCUUGAUUCCACGAAUAACCUCCAGUGAUACUAAUCGAGUCAACAUUUGUUUUAAGCUAUAGAUCACAUAAUAUGAAUGAAGUGACCAGGAGUUAUUGAAUUGGUGAGAAGUGAGUCCAGGAGAUCUUCAUCCCUUCAUCAGCUUUAGCCUACAUGAGCUGCUGUUAAGUAUAACCCACCAAAAUGCCUGAGCUAUAGCUUCCAGUAUUAGCUGAUUAUUAUUUGACCGACCCAGUUAUACGUAGUUUUAGUCCACUCAAUCUUUGCGUUUAUAACAAAAAGAAUAUAACAUUAUUUUUGGAAUAACAACUUAAGUAUAUCUUUUUACCUGUCACAUAGAUUGACGAGUUAUUUGGUUGUUUUGUUCUUUGGGGCUCUUGUAAAAUGUUCCUGAAACUUUCAAACGAUUAAAGCUUUUCAAUUUACAUAAUAAAAUUAUAACUGUAGGAUUUGUGGGUCCAUUUAGGAUAGUGACCUAAUUCCUGUUCCUUCCUCGGUGAAGGCAGCAUCUCUCCCUCAGCCUCCGGGGACCUGCUGUAUCCAGUAUCUUCUUUCUGACCGCUCUAGGCAGAAAAGUCAUUACCCGGCUGGUUGGAAUCCUUAAUGAUUCCCUGAGUCUUAUUCUGGCAGUGUCUGGUAUAAAUAUCCUCUGUGCAGGUUAAAGCAUGACCUUUUUUAGGUUUGGUCAAACAAACAACUCUCUGCGGGUUCAUGUGGUUCAGUUCAGGGAUGGUCACAGUUUGGAUGCUCUCGACAGCACAGGAAGAACAAAUAGCAAACUUUGAGGUUAAAGAUAAGCAGGAUUACUCAAGCUUAGAUAAAGUUACAGAACCAGAGCAAAACUUGAUGUAUAAAAGGUCUAAUAUUUCUUUAAUACUAGUAUCAAAUAUUCAUUUUUUCAUCCCUCAUCAUUAACAAAACCUCUGGACUCAGUUUCAUAUCAUGUCGGAUGAAAACAAGCUGCAAAUCCUCACAUUUAAGAAUCCAUAACAAGCAAAUGCUUGAAUCUGACUGUUUUUAAAAGGAUUUAAAAGUGCAGUAUGCAGUAUUUAGCGACACACAGUAGAAAAAAAAUUUCUGAGGGGUGAUAUUUGUUACUCACAGAAUAACUUGUAUUGACAGAGCUCACUUAUGCCCCCCUUUAAGUGCAGAAAUAGAUCCAUAUAUUGCAGUCAGCAGUGGUCUGUGAAGUCAGUCAAUGCUUUGCAGCACAAGAAGACACACAAGAGGCUGUGUCUGCACCUGUAUGCACAUCUAACGUUUAAACCUGACAUAUGUAGCAUCAAAUUUGACAUGCAUGAAAGGAGCUUCUUGUCCUCAGAGUUAACCAUCACUUCACUGACAGAAGGGGUGAGCAUGGGAGCAAUUCCAUCUACAUUCUGAUCGCUAGAUAUCCCCAAACACUUCCCUUUCUAUGCAAUGUACUUGUAAGAGAUGGAUGAACCAGUAAGCAUUUUGAACUUGUUAAAAAGAUAUAUAAAAUUUGUUUUUCCAUAGGGAGGGCAGCACCAGCAUCCUCAACAACCUGCUGUCCCGAAUGGAGCAGUACGCCAACAACCUGGAGAACCUUGUGGAGGAGCGGACACAAGCCUACCUGGAGGAGAAGAGGAAAGCUGAAAACCUCCUCUAUCAAAUUUUACCACAGUAAGAAAAAUCACUGUUCACGUUCACGCCCACGUUUUUCAUUCCAAGAAGCUUAAUACUUCAUUUUAACUUGAACUUGGCAAAAACUGUGGGCUGAGUGUUUCACUGUGCCUCAAUGACACGUCGUGUUAAAUCCCUGAAUUAUUUAGAAAGACUCAUAAUCCCUCUCAGCACCUCAUUUUAUUAACUGAUACACAUUUCCCUGGGCACAAUCUCACUGUAGAUGAAAGGGAACAGAGAGACUGACAGGCAGAGUGCUCAUUAAGUCCAGAUAGAGGAGCACACUUGAUAGAGAGUUUAGGGGUUUGGAUAACACCACAACCGCAAAGCCCAUCUUUUCACACAUCUAUCCUCUUUUUUUUCCUCUGAUAAACCUCGUCUUCGUUAACGCUCAGGCCAGAGAGGAAUACCGCUCAUCAUUUCUCACAGCUUUUAAAUUGAACGUAUAACUUUUGCUUCUGUGUUUUAGCCUUCAGCAAAAUCAGACCGAGAAAAAGUUGAAAUAAAGAGAAUUUGGAUCCAACAUCCAGGUGUAAUUACACCUGCUAGGCGUUCAUUAGCCAUGUUUUGGAUAAGAAGCAAGUUUUUAUUUAAAACUAGCUUUGAAUAAAAUAACCAUCAUCAUCAGACUAUGCUUUUCUCUUCUGAGACAGUUUCCUGUGAAAAAAGUCACACAUUUUUAUUUUUAUUUUCAGUAUUUUCAGCAAUUGCCUGAUUGUCUCCUCACAGUCAGCCUGAGUGCAUUUCAAAUACAUCAUCCUACGUCUAUGAAGCAUGCCAUGUUGGCUCAGCUGAUCCUGAGAAACAUUGCAAUGUCUGGUAGCAAGGGCGGCUAUAGUUAAUGGUCAGCUUAACCCUGGAAACUGAAUCAAAAUGACACUGGAUUAUACUAAAAGUUAAAGGAAUCUUGGCCUAACUGAGGACUCAUUAGAAAACUUCUUAUAAAAGAGAUUGAAAAAUAUUGCUUAUUAAAAAAAAACAAAAAAAAAAAAAAACAGUGAAUGUGAUUCACAUUUGUCUGACCUGGAUUUUGAGACCAAAAUUUCACUUGUUGGUGUCCAGAAUAAGAUAGCAGCUUAUUUUUGUCAAAAAUUUAUUUGAGGGAACAGAAAAAAACAAACAAAACAAAACAGAAAAAUAGACCACUAAUACAAUUUAAACAGCAAUUAGACACAAAAACAGCUGAAUAAGAACCAAAACACAUAGAUCUGAAGACAUGGUAAACAUACUGAGGUCCAGCAUACUUGAAAGGGUUUAAAAUCCCAGACCGAUUAAUGACAAUAAACCAUGGAUUAAUAGUGUCCUGUUAAAGGACAACACUGUGAUUAAGAUCAAAAACAAACAAACUGGAUAUUGGGAUAUGAUCUAGUAUUGAAAACCCUUAUAUGCUCAUCAACUGCCCAUUUUCAGUUUGACUCAGUCAGAAAUCUUAUCAGGUAACUUCUGCUCAUGACUCAGUUCUUCUAUGUCUGUCUUUAUGAUUAACAGAUGGAAGUUUUAACAUUGCUGCAUGUGUGUUUUCUUCCCUUCCCUCAGUUCAGUGGCAGAGCAGCUAAAACGAGGGGAGACGGUGCAGGCAGAAGCAUUUGACAGCGUCACGAUUUACUUCAGCGACAUCGUGGGCUUCACGUCAAUGUCUGCUGAAAGUACACCGCUGCAGGUACACAGAGAUUACUUCUCCGAUGGAUAACUACUGCUCUGAAAUCCAGUUUUUCUCUCAUUGUUAGGAUUUGGAGUAACAAGCUACUCUAAGUUCCUCUGAAGCUUUUACAAUCCACAGCUCGUGACUAAAAAUGCAGCGGAUUCUGUUUCUGUAUUCAUGCAUAAAAGUGCUCACCAGUAUCAGGUCUCUACCUACGGUGUGUCUCAUAGUUCCCACAGUGUGUGUGUUCCCACACACGGGCUGCAACUCAAAAUAGUAUAUUUGUUGGAUGGGAGAGUGUGCUGACGCAGAGUUGAGUCACAUUAUGCCACCACAUAUCUCCCUCUCACAUGAAACAGAGGUUUUAGAGCAAAUACAUCAGAUCAUUGUCACAUCUCUGCAGAGGGUGUAAAGUGCUGUUGACUGAGUAACACCUUCAGAUGGAGUGGGGUCACCCGAGAACUAACACUUGUUCUUUUCACCUUCAAACUGCUUCUUUUCUCUGGACCCGAGAAAAGCUUUUUCUGGUCUUUGUGUUUGUAGCAGUUAAUACAAUCUAACCAAACUGCUUUUAAUAUUUAAUAAAUAACACAGUCUAAAUAUUCAAAAGCUGGGAUUUAUAUGUCUGACACAUAUUAAAGGAAACUGCUGGCCUAGAGGUCUGCAGUCCCCUUUUAUAUCCUUCAGCUUCCAGCUUCUUUUGCUGCAUGUCACUCCUGCUCUCUCUCCCACAGCCCUGUCAUCUCAACAUCGAAGCAAAAAAACAAAAAAAUAAAUAACAUAAACAUAAACUCUCAUAAAUUUAAGCCUUAUUUUCAUCAUUAGUUCAGACCUUUAAUCACACUGGGUUAAUAAUUUGAUUCUAAUGAAUUAUGGCUUUAUUCUUGUGAUUUUUUUUUACUGUUUUCUUUCAAAUUUUUGAGUUUAUUCUACAGCUUUAUUUUCAUUUAUUUCUGACUGUAGUUUUUUAUAAAUCAAUGACUUGUUUUUUGCAACUGUACGACCACAAUGUCAUAAACAAGCAGCACUAAAGCCGACGUGGUUGAGCGAAAAACUGCAGUUCCUCAAGUGUCCACUUGAGGCUGUCUGCAGACGCUGCAGACACCAGUAGUAGUAGCAGUUUUUAGAGCAAAAAUAAGCGCAUGUACGACCUGGUCAAAAAAUGGUUUCAGUCUGAUUCACUAAUAGGCUUCAAAACUCUGUGUAUUACUCAGUCAAUGGUCCUCAAUUUAUGACUUUUUUAAUCGUAAAUAUACAAGGUAAAUUCAAACCUGUACAACCCCAAGCCUUUAAAUUGAUGACUUUUUUUCUCUAUAUGGCUUUAUGACUAUUUGGACCUUAUUCUUGAAAUUUAAAAUUGUGGCUUUAACCCCCAUGUUGAAAUACAUACUGUACAUUUUGUCUCAUUGAAAGCCUUUCCUUACCGUCUGAAUUCCUCCUUUUUGACCUCUUUCACUUAAUGUUUAUAUAGAAAUUAGAAAUCUCACUAAAGGUAAAAUCUUCUCUUUUUAAAUCUGCAAAUAAAACAGGAGAAGAGUGAUCCUCUUUUGAGCUUUCGUCGCGGUUUGCAGCUGUUCCUGUCAGGCGGCAUACAAGCCUAAAGCCGCCAACCCUCCCAACCCCCCAGCCCAGCAUCCCCAAUGAAAAUUUACACCCUCAGUGCUGCUGUCAGCCUGUCGGUCAAUCAAAUCCUCCAGCACAUGCUCAACAGUAAUUGUAGUGGUUUGACUUGUACACUGAGGGCUAUUUUGAUGCAAUGUUGCAGUGCAUCAGAGAGAUGCAUCCUUCUCUAUAGUGCAGUGUUGUUUAUGAAUAUAUGGAAGAUAUCACCUCACCUGCAUCCGGAGCCAUUCAAGUGUGAUAAUAUAAUUCAGGAGAGAGAUCCACCUUUUUACCCCAGGAAAGAUUUCCAUCUGCUAUAAUGACAUGUUUCCAGGAAAGCUAGAAAGCUAGAAACUGUCCGUGAGAAUAGAGAAAAGCAAAUUUUUUAAUGUUUGGAAACAUGAUAUUUGAGCUGUAAAGGCAAGAAUCACAUUCUGUCUGUAAUUUGUGGAGCUGCCAUCUCUUUAGCUCACAUAUAAAUUUCACACUCAAGUUUUAAGAGUUAAAUCCUCAGAUUGAAUGUUUCUGAUGGCCUUGUCCUGAUAAGACAAAACUCCAUUUGUUUUAUUCUAAGAUAAGUGACUAUUUAAAAAAGGAUUAACAUUAGAGACGACAACUGAACAACAAAUCAGGGUUUGAACAAACAGCCAACAUCUGCCUGAGUGCUACAUUACAGCCCUUCAUUCUGUUAAAUUUAAUCCAGAUUGGGUUUGAAAUAUUCCAUCUGCUGGUGUGAUUUAUGAUGCUGUAAACGUGUUUGUCAGUGAGGCUCAGCCGGCAGCUGCAGACAGACUGAGAUAAUGUGGGAAACUGUGAGGUUCUGCAGAAACACAGGCCUCCCAAGUUGUCAGUGUUUUUAGCUUCGGCUCAAAAUAACAGACUGAACCUCGGUGAUGAGAUGCAGACUCACAUUUUGAAGCUGCAAGUUUGGCAACAACACCUUUGUCAUCUCGGUUAUUUGCUGCCAGAGGUAACCAUAUGUGGUCAAGAGAAGGUGGGGAAGACACUCUCAGCUCAUCUGUUUUAUGUGUUGCUUUAUUACCAGGAUGUAAAGUAGACACUCAUGUUUGAAUCCCGAGUAUUCAAACUAUUAUAAAUUGUUUCACAAGCUCUUGACCUUUGAUUUUGUUGCCGGUUUGUUGGUUUUGUGGUUUUAUUAGGACACUACUGUAUGAAAAGAAUUAGCUCCCUCUCCUUGAAUAAUGAAUAGUUUGAUUUUUUGGGUGACUUGACCUCAGAGGUAGAGCAUGUUGCCCUCAAAACAGACUCACCUAGUAGCUGCAUAUUAAUCUCCUCUUUCUCUCCCCAGGUGGUCACAUUGCUCAAUGAUCUGUACACCUGCUUUGAUGCCAUCAUUGAUAACUUUGACGUAUACAAGGUAAGCCAGGAUAAUCCAUGUCAAUAGAAAUGGUAUGAUCUGUCUAUUUUUAGGUCUGAUGUUUGAGAACACGUGUUUUACAGCAUUUUGGGCUUGACUUAAUGUUUAAAGAAACUCUCAGAAACAAGGCUACAUCCAAAAAUUUCUUUUCCUGACUGUAUUUUACAAAAUGAUUUAGCCUUUUGAUUUUUGUUCUUUAGGUGGAGACCAUCGGUGACGCCUACAUGGUGGUGUCAGGGCUGCCGGUGAGGAACGGAAAGCUACACGCCAGAGAGAUCGCUGGGAUGUCGCUGGCGUUGUUAGAGCAGGUCAAAACGUUCAAGAUCCGACACAGACCCAACGACCAGCUGAGACUCAGGAUAGGAAUACACACAGGUGAGUGUAUCUGAGUAAUGCAUGCUGCCAAAACUGAUAUCAUGAUUUACUUACUGGUGGAUGCAGGACGUUUUCUACUCUGUCCCAAUAAUAAUAAAAAAGCAGAAUAAAGUUUUUUUUAUGUUUCUUUUCUCAAUGAUAGAGUUAUUAUUCUCUUUCCUGCCUCCGGCAUGCUCUGACCCUUUCAUAAUUCAACUCUCUAUCAAUAACUGAGAAACUAAAAUUAGACUUUUAUUAACAGACUCAAAAAUUCAGAAGUCCAAGUCAGACAACUAAAAUAUUUCCAUUUGGAGAACUUUUUCAGUUGAACUUCCAUUUAAUAGGGAAAGCACUGAACCAUUUUAUUCUUUGGACAAACAGAGCAAAAUCCAUUUCCACUCUAAAAGGCUUCUGAUCCGGUCCAAUAUUGAUUGCAACACAAAAACCUAAGAGACAAAUUCAACAGAAACUUGGACAAACUAAAGCAUUUCUCUUUAUCUCUUCCUUAAAACUAUCAAAACGUUGCAUAACAGCAUAUUUCUGCUUUUUUGAUCCACAGAAUCCCAGAACAAGUUUGAAGGAUCAUCUUUAAUCAUAGCGUGUUUGAGAUUCUGUGAACAAAGACAAAACACAAUAGAAACAUCUUGAGUUGAAACUUCUUUCACCACAAACAAGUCUCAAAACAACAAAUAUAAAUUGAACUUUUUUCGUUUUCCACGUCACAUUGGACACUCAAUAACAAUAAACAAAUAUAAAAUCAUAAAAAAGUACAACCCCGGGAAAACCGGACAGGGAAACAUCAAUCUGAAUUCGUAAGUCUUCAAUUUUCAAACAUAGACGCCUUACGUCAAGACAAAAAUCUGAGUGCACUGUGAGGUUGUUUCGGGACAUUUGUACUGGUUUUAGUGGUUUUAUAUCAUAUCAGUUGUUAGUGAGAGUACAUCAGUUGCGGGGCAGCUGUGAUAUGUGACUUCCACUUCUCCACAUAUAAACACAAUGACUGGAAAUAAACACAGGAUAUUUAAUCUUGAUCUGUCGGCAGCUUUUCGUCUGAGGUCAUUUCCAACAGCUUCUGACACAGUAUUUAGACAGUACCAGUUCUCGGCAGCGUGUUUAUAUUCUCCUCCAGACACCUGACAUGCAGCAGAAACAGACCAGCAUGUGUAGGCUGGUACUUAACAAUGUCAGAGUCAUUUAAAGGCUUCUGAGCGCAAUUUCAAUCCACUCACACCUCUGUCGUCUUAUUAAAAAGCAUUCUCUCCACCAUGGCUGAGUGAUAAUGACUUCUACCCUAAGUGUGCCAGAUAUUACUGUGGUUUUCCACUGUUCCAUGUGACUAUAUUUAGUUUGUGUUUUGCAGGUCCAGUCUGUGCCGGGGUGGUUGGUUUGAAAAUGCCCAGAUACUGUUUGUUUGGAGAUACAGUCAACACAGCGUCUCGAAUGGAGUCAAACGGAGAGGGUGAGUCUCACUCUCACUUGUUUGGUUCCUUUGGUUAGAUUUUUACACUUGAUUCACACAGUUUAAUAUCCUGGAGCAGUAUUUCUUUUACCUCUACUUUAUUACAUUGUGACCAAAAAAAAAAACAUGUCUAGUUUGUUACACUGAGCUUUACAUCCGUCAUUCUUACAUCUGUCAUCCUUACAGCUCUACAAAUAACCCCUCAUUUUUAAAAUCAAUGGACUUAACUCCAAAUAGGUGCUCUAACUUUUACGACUCUAUCUGUAAGAAAAGAGUCUUUCAUGCUCAAUGAUUUCAUCGCAUUAAAGGGUCUAUUAGAGUCUGACGCAUUUUAGAUUAACCCAAAACUUUGCUGCUACAGAAGAAGAAAAAAGUGCUAAUGAUGGGAUUAUUUGCAGCUACAGAUUAUCCACUGAGAAUGCGAUGAACAGCCUCGCUUUCUUUGGUUUAAACACACACAACUCUUUCUACGCAGGUCAGAUUUCUUAAAAAGCUUUUGAGAAGAUUUGUGGACUGGUUUUAAAUCUGUUUUUAGUGAUAAUGAGUGUUUCCUGUAAGUGAGAAGGAAUUAUAACAACGUAAUGAACUAAAAUGCUGAAUAUGCUUAUUCUGUAUGUUGAAAAUUCUGUAUCAAUCAAUCUUUACAUCUGGAUGAGCAUUUUUUUUAUUUGAUCUGUUUGUAAACAGAGCCCUAUCUGUCUUUGCUGGUGUGUGUAAAUGAAUUCCUGCUGAUGUGUUUGGUUUGAAAGGCUCCUCAGCUGAAUAUGAGAUGUAUCGACGUGCUGAGAGGCAUACUUUUUACUCUGACAUUUCUGUUUUUAACUGGCUGUGACAGGAACUAGUGUUAUGAAACUGUGGUUGGAGCUCCUGCGAGCGAGUCAUCGGAUGUAUUGAUUAACUACUGGGCUGCUUCCUGUAUUGUGCCUCCUCUGGUAAAUAAUUGAUUGCACUUACAGCAAAGGGCCCUUAGCCAGCGAUAAACUGUGCAGCCUGAAGCUUCACAGGCAGGAGUCAUGUCUCACAUCUCUGCACUGUGAGCAUUAAUUGGGACAAACAAUACAGAUUUUCAUCACUGUUAGCAUCUCAGCUGCUGACUUACAUCAUCAGUCUGCUAUAAAACCCUGAGGCUGGAGAUAAUAGCAGUGUGGUGGUAAUUCAAAGAUUUGAUGGAUUGAAUACAUAAACUUGAGUCGUAUCUGUUUUCUCCUUUGUCUUGCAGCCUUAAAGAUCCAUGUAUCCUCUGCUACCAAAGAAGUGCUGGAUGAGUUUGGCUACUUCGAUCUCCAGUUACGAGGAGAUGUAGAAAUGAAGGUAAGAACGUUUCCUUCAGAAACCUUUUAACAAGAACAGAUUAAAACCAAUAGAAAAGGGGGGAAGCAUCUAGCUUAAAAUGGUGUCUUUUGGGGGUUAUAAAAGCUCUGAUUUGGAGUUCUGAUUUGUAAAGACUAGAAUCCACCAUUAGAAGAAAAGUAUAACAUCUUUACUGACAGACUGUAAUAAAAAGUUGGUCUAACUGUUGUGCUGUGAUCUCUUGAUUUAAGGACUAAUGUUCUGAAGCCUUAAGGUUAGCAUUUUGGUAGUCACUAUAUUUCAACUGGGGUACAUAUACUGCCACCCACUUUGCUGGUAAAGUGGUCUGUUUCUGCACCCCUGACCUAAUUAAAGUCAUUAUUACAGAAUAAUAAUAAUAAUAAUAAUAAUGCAUCAGAUUUCAUAUAGCGCUUUAUCAGAGACCCUCAAAGCGCUUUACAUUGGAUACAUCAUUCAUUCACUCACACAGUCACACUUUGGUGGUGGUGGAAACGUGGCUGCCAUUCUGCGCCUACGGCCUCUCCGACCACCACCACACAACACUCACAAUCAUACACCAGUGGAGGACACACACUGGGAGCAAGGUGGGUUAAGUGUCUUGCCCAAGGACACAACGGACAGACUUGAAUUUUGGGGGAAUUGAACCGCCAACCUUCGGGUCAUUGGAGCUACAUUCUUAAACAGACAAACAAUUGAGACCACCAGCUCAUUGGGAAAAUAUCUACCUCCUCUCACCAAAGAUGAGUUGCCCCCUACUGGCCAAUAGACGAAAUGCAAGUUUCCGUAUCACUUCACUCACCUUGUAUCUUACAGCUAAUGGUUAUUGGUACAUAUUUGCUUCUACAGAUGGUGAAGAAAUGUUGUUUCAAGCUUCCGUAAGGGAUUGUUAACUUGUUGUGAAACAGACUAGAAAUUAUUCUGAUGCCUCUUUGUAAUACAGAAAAGCAAACAAGUGAAGACAGUAAAAGCUCUGGUUCAAGCUCAUUUACUCUCAGCUUCUCCUGCAAAGAUCGCCUCUCAAACAGCUUGACUGAGUUUUCUUUUUGCAUUUUGUUAUAGCUCUCUCUAUGACUCAAGCAUCAAGCUUUUCUCACAGGUUCAACAAGUAUCUGCCCCGCUCUAGAGAAAUCUCUAUAUAAACACUGUCCAUUUACAAUUUACCAUUACUCUCAUAGUUUAAUAGUGCUUCAAGUAGCUCCUAUCUCUUAUAUUGAAAAGAGACAUGUGCAACUUAUAACAAGAGUCAAUAGAGACCUGAGGACACAACCAUUCAUGCCUUUGACUCCAAGUAUGUGACAGUGGAAUAUUUUAAUCUAUAUUUUGACUUCACCUUAUUACACUGGCUUUAUAAUAUGUCUUGAUCUCUUCAAACUGAUAUCUAAAAAAUUCUGCAGUGGUGUGCCAUUCUCCUUGUGGAGAGCGGUGGGGCGGUGCCCUAGCACCCUCUAUUGACCAGCUGCCACUGAUUAAUACUGCUGUUCUUAAGAAGAGAGGGAGAAGUGUAACCUGAACUCAGUGAACGUCAGGGUCACUCUUAAACAAAGGGCGGCCUAACAGGGCAUAUCACCCUCACCCCUCAUCCUCCUCUACAUCUCAUUGAUGAACUUAUUGAUUUCUGUGUUUUUCAGGGCAAAGGCAAAAUGAGAACGUACUGGCUUCUCGGGGAGAAGACUGAUGUGUAUGUUAUCUGAGAGGCCUGCUGAUGAUCCACAGCAGCAGAGGAGACGAACAGCAGGAGCUCCAGUGGCCGAGCCACUUCUUUAUUUGUUCUAGAAUAAGUCCUUAUCGGUGAUUUCCGUGCAGAGGAAAGGAGAACGACACCAUGUGACAAAAAACGGGGGGAAUUCCAGGUAUUUUUAUGACCUGCAUACUGUAACUGCAAAAAAGAGAAAAAAAAAAUUGUAAAAGUUGUUUUUUGUAUGAAGAAGCUUUCUGUCCUGAGAGUGAGUACUUUUCACUGAUAAAUUCUUAUUUUUUGUGCUUUCUAUAUUAAGAUUUGUAUAAUGUGUUUGGAAGUCAAUGAUGUAUUAAUAUUUCAUCCAUUGAAGUUUGGAGGCACAGGAUUACUAUGAUGUCACUGCAGGGGUUCACGGACCGUGUUACACAGUACAAGCGAAUAUGUAUAUAUGUAUAUCCAAGAUACUGUAAAAUAUUUUGUUCAAUAAACGGAGUAAAUCACUCUUUUUCCAUUUAUAGAUCA